AUGGCAGGCGCUCCCGGGAGUAUGAGUGCCGUGCGGGAGACCAUGGACGGUGAGUUACCCGCGAUGGCUGAGCGUCAUGCGCUUUGUACUUAACCUCAGCUACAGUUAUAACGGUCUCAGCCAUCGGUCUCCCAGAUUAUUAUUAUAACGUGCCCCAGCUCUCUGGUUAUUAUUAUUAUUAUAACGUGCCCCAGCUCUCUGGUUGUUAGAAUAAUAAUAACAACAACGUUUCCCAGCUCCCUGAUUAUUAUUAUUAACUCCUUCAGGACCGGACUGUUUUUGCGAUGUUUGUACUUAAAGACCAGAGCUAUUUUAACACUUUCUGGUGUUUGUGUUUAGCUGUAAUUUUCCGCUCUCUCAUUUACUGUUCCGAUCCAAAUUAUGUAUUGUUUUUUUUCAGGACAAAAAGGGCUUUCUUUACAUACUAUUAUUUUUAUCAUGUCAUAUAAUUUAAUUUAAAACUAAUAAUAAAAUAUGGUGAAAAUUUAAAAACAAAAACAAGUUUUUUGACUUCUACUUAAAAAAUCUUUUACUGAUCUACAAAAUCGAAUGAAACAAACUGCUAAAUAGAUUCAAAAUUUUGUCCUGAGUUUAAAAACACCCAAUGUUUACGUGUUUUUUUUGCUUUUAUUUGCAAGUUAUAGGGCAGUGAUGGCGAACCUAUGGCACACGUGCCACAGGUGGCACGCCAGGCCCUCUCUGUGGGCAUGCGGCCCUAGGUCGUCGGGAGUGGGGGGGCCGCUGGUUGUAUGCAAAGUAGGCACCUGCCUGCCCGAAAUGGCAGGCACCUACUCUGCUUCCGGGGUCGGGAGGUAGGGGGAGGGCUCUAGGAAGCAGCUCUCCUAUCCUCCUGCGAGCAAGCUGUGUGGAGCGUUGUCGAGCGUUACCAUGGCAACGCUCCACACAGCAUCACACGGGAGGAUAGGAGAGCUGCUUCCUACAAUACUUACCACCACCGGACCACCAGGGAUGGCUGUGUCCCCCCUCCUUCACCAAAGGUUAGAGGAAAGUAGGGGGGAUACAGAAUUAAUAUAACUUUUUUUUUCUUUACCCCUACCCCCCUACACAGCACCCCUACACCCCCAACACAGCACAGCACCCCUAUCCCCCAUUUUGCAUUUGUUGGAGAUAUUAAUAAAUAUAAGCGUAAUUUUAUCUAUUUAUAUCAUAAUUUACAAUUUGUAUCAUUGAACUCUCUGUUGUGUUCUUCUUUUAAAACAAAAGUUGUUAAUUAGUUCGGACAACUGUACGAGUAGUUUUUUUUCUAAACUUAAACCUCAGUAUUCAGGUUUAAUUGCCAUGUUGGCACUUUGAGGGAAAAAAAAGUUGGCAUGUAUUGCGGUUUGGGCACUCGGGCUCAAAAAGGUUCGCCAUCACUGUUAUAGGGCUAUAAGUACAAGUAGGAAAUUGCUGUUUCAAAAUGUACAUUUUUCAAAUGUAUCAAUAGUGACAUUGUAACACUGUUAUGUCAUAAAUCUCCAAAAAAAACACUCCACAUGUAUAUAUUUUUCUUAAACUAGAUAACCCAGGGUAUUCAUUUAAGAAUAUUUUGAUACUUUCUAUACAGCCAUUUUACCACAAACCUUUGCCAAACUUUGCAUAGAUAGUUUGUUUUUUCACAUACAUUGCAAUUCAGGCAUAAAUUCACAGAUUCUGUUAGGUGUCACUGCCAAACAACACCCCAAUAUGUGUUCAGUAACAUCUCUCGAGUACAGUGAUACCCCCCAUGUAUAGGUGUGCCGGGUUGUUUGGGGGCUAAAAGGCCACGUUUGGCAGGUGCGCUUAUCAGUUUCCCAACUUGGAAUUUUGACAUGUAAUCAACCUGUGCCCAUGUCCUAUUUGAGCCAAUGUAUUUUACCCCCAUCAAACCAUAUAUUUUUGAAAAGUAGACACCCUAGGGUAUUUCACAUGGUGGUAUUUUAACACUUUUCAUGCACUGAAUUCUACCACCAGGCUUUGUCAAACAUUGAGGUAGUAAAUUUUUUUUCAGUUUUUUUCACACACAUUGUACUUUAGGCAUGAAUUAACAGAUUCUGUUAUGUGUCACUGCCAAACAACACCCCAAUAUCUGUUCAGCAACAUGUCCCGAGUACAGAGAUACCCCCCAUGUAUUGGGUUGUUUGGGGGCCAGAAGGCAACAAUCAGAACUUGUACAUGACAGUUUUUCAACUUGAUAUAUAGGUAUGCUUGGCCUAUCUUCAGUUUGACAUAUUUUUGCACCCCCAGUUAAUGUUACCAUCAUGAAAGUAUAUAUUCUUAUAAAGUAGACAUCAAAGGUUAUAGAAGAUGGGGUGUUUUGACUUCUUUCCCCCAACCAUUUUGCCCCCCCCAAAAAACAGAGAAAGUGUAGUGGUAAUUUUUAAAUUCUGUUUUUUUUAUGCACAGGUCAGCUGGUUAUGUGUUACUGCCAGAAAACUUGUUAGACCAAAUGUGCAGGUAGCAAAUGUACAUUUAGCGCCAAUCUUUAAAAUGACUCCUGCAAAUAGAAUCUAACUGGAGAUUUGGGGGAAGGAAACUGACUAACAAAAAAUGGCUGCUUUCCAAAGAAACAAAAAAAUAAAAUAAAAAUUCAGGAACACUUCUUACAACUGUUCUGUGUGGUACAGCUUGAAACAUGUUCCUACACACAGUCCUGGUUUCGAAGGGCAAUCAGGACAGUGAAAAGGGGUGUCUGUCCUUUUCCCGUUUUUAAAACAGACCCGGCAAUGUUUCUGGCUAGCAGUUGGCGGUAACUUAAAAAUAAAAUGCCUGGACUCAGCUUGCACCGUUGUUGGAACUUGUCCAUCUCCAUAAAUUGUUAAAGAAAUUAUUUUCAACUGAAAUUGGAGAAAGGUGGUUUUCCCUGGAUUAUUUUUUUUAAAAAAAGCAAAAAUGAGUUGUGGGUUGCUAUUUGCAUCAGAUAGAUAGCCACCUUUUUAUACCAUGCUUUGGUUUUUCGUAAAAUAAGAUAUGGCUGCAUCAGCUGAUCAGCCAAAUCAACACCCCCCAUGUCCUUAUUAUACGCCCUGUUGCAAACUGGUUUGGACUCUACUCUGCCCCGGACAGAGACGUCUGACAUGCGUUCGUCAUGGAUGGUGGUUAACUUGUUGACAUCCUUCCUGUCCCUAAAUUUUAGUGCAAGCACUUCAGCUUUGCAAAGUGCUUACAUUCGCCUUUUUUUUUUAUUUUGCCUUUAUGAGAGAUCGUGGAGUCUUUGGAAUUUUUUCUGGCAGUGCCGCAGGCCAGUGUCUGUAAACCAUAAAGUGUUUUAAACAGACGGACCUACUAUAAAAAUUAUCCACAUAAAGGUAUUAUUAUUAAACAAGGGGUUUAGUAGGUCCCAUACAAGUUUCCCACUUGUCCCCAGGGAGUCAGGACAGCCAGGAGGGUCCAUGUAGCAGAGAGGUAGUAUAAUCCAAAGUAUCUCCGCUGGGGACCGAAUAACCGAAUGCCGCGCGAAACACACAUUAUAUUCAAGUUACAUCCAAAGUACCGAUUGACAUUAGGGGAACAAACUACCAAACGCCUGGGGCUCCCAAACGGCCUGGAAGUCCAGCGGUAUUCGUGCCGUCGAGUAGCCGAUUUUAGUUCCAGGCGCUCGACGACCAAAUACCGCUGGGCUAACAAAGGAUCCAAGAUGGCCGACCGCCGCGUGGUUGGUAUCCGAACGACGGCCACCUAAGAAAGCACUUAACUACCGAUUGCAACAAUGUUGCAAUCCGUUAAUGGGCGCCAUACGACCUCCUGUGUGUGGUCGCCAAUUCGGUACUUUAUUCGUUUCACGAACAGUGUUGAAAUUCACUGUUCGUGAAACUCCUGUAUGAAUGCUAGUGGUUUUCAUGCCGCCAGCAUACGAAUGCUCUUGUUCGCCUGAAAUGCAGAUACAUGAAUACACUUGGUUCUAACAACCUUAAAGCUAUAGAAACACAUUUAUACAACUACAGUCUUAAGUGGCUAGUUUUGCCACAGUCCAGUUGUCCAUCUUUCGCCUUAUAUACACGAAAGGCAAACGUGUAUCCACUUUCGCUCUCGCACAGUUUGUACAGUUUUAUGCCAUACCUAGAGCGCUUUGAGGGGAUGUAUUGUCUGAACCCUAAUCUCCCUUUGUAUUUCAUUAGCGAUUCAUCUAUGGAUAAAUUUUGUUGGGGAGUAUAAACAUAUGAAAAUUUGUCCUGAAAAUGGUCUAGCAGUGGGCGUAUUUUAUGAAGCCUAUUGUAUUGGGGGUGAUCUCUAGGGUGACAGAGAGUAUUGUCACUGAAAUGUAAAAAUCUCAGCAGUAACUCGUAUCUGGCUCUAGGCAUGGUUUGGGAGAAUACUGGACUAGACAUUAUUGGGUUGGUGCUCCAGUAUGAGCGAAUCGAUGGCUUCUUUAUAAUCCCCAUGAGCAUUGUAGGAGCCCAGAAUUUUUUAAGUUCUGGGAUAUCUGUGGGAUGCCAGUCAUGCUCCCUGACUGUAUAGCUACCUGGAUUGGUAUCAAUAAAUUGGAUAGGAUGGGGGCGUGUCCAACUUCCGGCAAGAUCGGUCGCAUGGAGUAGGAGCUCCACACCGCCCGGGCCAGAUUAAUCAUACUAAAUAAGAAAAUCGUACCAGAUCUACCCUAAUCCGACAGAGGGUGAAAGCCCAGCGGGUCCUCAUGUCCCCCUCGAAACAGACGAAGUUAACGGACGCGGUCCGUCACCACAAAAGGGAAAGGCUGAAACAGGCCCAAGAUGGCGCCGCCAGCAGAGCUCAGUCUCCAGACUCUGAUCCCUGCAACGAGACACCCUCACAACCAACAUCGGAUGAUACCCAAUUUUCAAAAGAAUACCUCAAGCAAAUGCUCAUGGACCUUAGGUCCACAAUCAAAGAGGACUUUACGACUGCCAUGGUGGGCAUUCACCAAGAACUGGAGGAGUUGGGUGACCGGACCGAUCAGGUCGAGCGCAAGACAGACAACCUCUGCUCAGCUCAUAAUCUGCUGGCAGACAAACUGAAAAAACUGGAGGAGGAUAAUACCAAACUUUGGCACAAGAUGGCCGAUAUGGAGGACCGCUCCCGCCGGAAUAAUGUGAGGUUCCGGGGGGUAGCUGAGUCCAUUACGACAGACCAGAUCCCAGCCUAUAUAACCACUCUAAGUGCCACUCUGGCCCCUGACCUCUCCGGCAUCACGUGGGAACUGGACAGAGCCCACCGGGUCCCUAAACCACCUAGAUUUGGGGCGGAAGUACCGCGCGACAUCAUUGUGCGCUUUCACUACUAUAAGGCCAAAGAAGCACUUCUUAAGGCAGCCAGAGCCCAAUCUCCGCUACCCGACCCCUACAGUGCCGUCUCGAUUUUUGCUGACCUUUCGGCCCUCACUAUGGCGAGGCGUAAGGAAUUCUCCUCCAUCACCAAAACCUUACGCAACCACGCGCAGGCUUAUCGAUGGGGGUUUCCCAUGAAACUAUUGAUUUGGAGGAACAACAAGCUCCACGUUAUUGAUGACCCAAUAGGAGGCCUAGCCACAUUGAAACAAUGGGGCCUCUGGGGCCCUGCGGAAGCCACCCAAGCACAAGCGGAUAAUACACCCACCCCGAAGAAGACCCGGCCCGACUGGCAGAUGGGCGGCGCGAGGCGCUGAGGAUUGCUCCGCCGAGGAUAGCAUCUCCCUGGCUCUACUUACCUGCAAGCUCCAAGGCGACGUAGGAAGACAUAUCAACUGACUUUAUUUUUAUAUACUAGCGCUGGACAUUAGCCUUUCACCCAUGGACAGCUUCCGGAUGACCGGAGCCUCAUGCAAGGCAUUUAUGUCAGUGCAUUGCUGGUGAUCGCUGCUUUCAGUUACCACGAGUGGUAUUGUAUAAACGUAUUUUCUUCUUUUAUUUAUCUCCAAACGAGGAAGGGACGGGGGGGGGUAGAGAGAGUAUGCCAAGAAAAAGAGGAAAAAAAAAAAAAUGUUAUGCCUACGUAGGUAUAUGUAUUUAUACUUACACAUACAAAUGUAAGAAAGGAUAUCGUAUACCUCACUGCCACAUAAUGUAAUCAACUAGUAAGAAGGCUGACAUCCCUACGCUUACCCAUAUUGCUAAAUACUCCUCCUUAGGGCUGAAGGCCUCCCAAGAACCUACCCACCUCAUUUGCUUAUCAUCUUACCCUACAAGUAGGGCCCCCACUAACCCCUCUCCUCAUAGGACGACACGAAAUUAUUUAGAUGACAGGUUGCCUCCGUGGGCCAGGAACGCAGCCCUGGGAUAUAACUGCCUCACUGUUCAACUAUAAGUGAGAAAAAAAAAAAAAAAAAAAUAUUGAUGUACAUAGUUUGACAUAGUAACCCCGGGUGCGACACCACAAAUCCGCUGCCCCUGUCUCCUUAUACCGCCUUAUCGAUCUAUGCAGGGAGCAGGUGAGAUUGCUGUCUAAAUACAUAUUCCCCCAAGCUUUCUACCCUUUCCAGACCUGCUUACCUUGAGAUUCUGGCCCGGGUGCGGCCCUGCUCCGCACGACCCUCCAAGGGAAUUCGAGGAUCUUGGAAAUCCAAGGCUUCCCUCUGAAUCCCAUGUUUUUCUCUCAUCUACGAGAGACAUUGUAUAUACCUAUGUUUGUUCAUUUUGGUUCCCAUGUUAUUCCCCUUCCCAUUUUUCCGGCAGCUGCAAGGAUAUAUAUAUGUGUAAAACAUAAUCAGACACCAGAGGUUAUCGAUGACAGAUGUUAUGCACUAACUAAUAAGCUCCGCUUUAUGUUCCUUUAAGAUGAUGUACCAUUUUAAAUCCUUAUAUAUGAACGUUAAUGGCUUGAAUAGCCCAUUUAAAAGAAGCUCUGUGAUUAGAACCAUCCACAAAUCUCAGGCUGCUAUAGUUUGCCUCCAGGAAACACACAUGUGUAAAAGGAAUCCCCCCAAACUAAACUCAUCUAGAUACCAACAGGUAUUCCAUGCCCUUGCUCCAAAUAAAACGAAAGGGGUGGCUAUAUUGUUCCACAUUGACUGGGUUUUCCAUCUCGAUAACAUUUAUGCAGACGAGCUAGGCAGGCUUCUCAUAGUAGUGGGCUCACUGAAUGGAAUGCAACUCACGAUCGCAUCCAUAUAUGCACCUAACAAUUCCCAAACUUCCUUCAUUAAAAGAGCGCUAGCUAAAAUUUCUAACCUCCAUGUAGGACACACUAUAAUAUGCAGUGACCUGAACUGCACGCUAGACCCCGAAUUGGACAUUAAGUGCAUCGAUGGCAAGCAUCCCCUGCAACACGCUAGUACUAUGAGCACUACCCUCAGUACAUUGCUCCAUACAUACGAUUUUUAUGAUUCUUGGCGCACCCUCUACCUGACAGAGACAAACUACACCUAUUUUUCACGAGUACACCACACAUACUCCCGUAUAGAUAUGUGCUGGGUAGAUAAGACUACGGUACCCAAUCUAACCGAGGUGCAAAUAGGUGACCGGACAUAGUCUGAUCACGCGCCGGUAAUCACUACGUUCAGGGCUUUGUACCCCUCACGUGGGCGCAGCACUUGGCGCCUGAAUGAAUCCCUCAUAGAUAACGAGGACACUGCCACAAAAAUUCGGGCCAGUAUAGUAUCGUUCUUCGAAACCCACCAAUCUGACCCCACCCGCAUAGACACUAAAUGGUUAGCCCUCAAAGCCGUAUUACGAGGCCUUUUAAUCCAGGCGGGCGCAAUAAAUAAAAAGACCACCCUUACUGAAUCAGAUACUCUACUCUCCCAACUUAAAACACUAGACCAAGCCAAUAAACUUAAACCAACUAAAACUGUAUCCCGCAAAAUUGAAAAGGUGAGGGAAAGACUACUUGAACUGUCCCUGAUGGGCAUGGAGCGACAGCUCCGCAAACUGAAGCUCGCCCACUAUAUGCAAGGGAACAAGGCGGGCAAAUUGCUCGCAAAUCGAUUUAAAAUCCUGAUACAUUCAAUCCAAACUCCCAUACAUGACAUCAACCACUGGAUCAAAACUAUUCAACCCGCAAGAUAUCGUGAACGAAUUGGCAAUUUUCUAUAAGGGUCUUUACAAUCUUACACAGGACAAAACACUACAUCAGCCAACCGAAUCGGAAAUAACCACUUUUCUGACAGAGGCUACAUUGCCUCGCUUGACUGCACAACAAAGUGCAAUCCUGUCGGCCAAAUUCACGGAAGAAGACGUACGAAAUGCAAUACACAAAUUACCUAAACAUAAAGCUCCAGGCCCAGACGGUUUCUCUAACCACUUUUACUCCACAUUUGAAACACAGCUCACGCCACACCUCACAGCCCUUUUUAACUCCUUUAAAGACUCAGGAACUAUGCCAGAUGAGAUGUUGCUUGCCCAUAUCGUUACACUCCCCAAACCGGGCAAACCUCCCACUGAAUGCGCCAAUUUGAGGCCUAUAUCCCUGCUGAACGCAGACACAAAACUCUUUGCCAAAUUACUAGCCAAUCGCCUUCAACCCUUCCUGCAAGAUCUGGUCUCUCCAGAGCAGGCAGGGUUUGUCCCGAACAGACAACCGGGGGACAAUACACGACACUUUCUGAACCUAAUCUCCUGGGCCCAAAAAUCUAACCAAAGCGGCAUAUUGUUAGCCCUAGACGCGGAGAAAGCGUUCGACCGCCUAAAUUGGACUUAUAUGAGGGCUGUCCUGUCCGCAGUAGGCAUCCCAUUAGACUUUCUGACAGGGAUCAUGGCCCUAUACGCUAAUCCAGCUGCCAGAAUUUUUAACUCCGGGUUUCUCUCUCAACCCUUUCAAAUUUCAAAUGGAUCUAGACAGGGUUGCCCCCUUUCCCCAUUAAUCUUUAUAAUAUGUAUGGAACCUCUGGUUAGACAUAUAAAAAACGACAAAACGAUUGAAGGCCUAGGUACCCCCAUAGGGAACCAAAAAAUAGCCCUAUUCGCAGAUGAUGUUCUCCUAUUUUUAACACGCCCGGAGAAAUCGCUACCGAACUUGAUAACCCUUUUGGGGAAUUAUGGUAAGGUUUCGUUCUAUAAAAACAACGCCAAAAAGACACAAGCGUUGGCGAUCGGGCUGUCACAUGCAUCCCUCUCCCCCCUGAAAUCACUGUAUCCCUUUGAAUGGCGGAACUCCUCCAUCUCAUAUUUAGGCAUAAAGUUGCCUUCAAGGCAUUCAGCAAUAGUGCAGGAAAACCACUUACCACUUAUUCACAGACUAGAACAACAACUUAAGACAUGGGAGGAGAAAGAGAUCUCCUGGUUAGGACGCAUCCAUACUGUAAAAAUGAUGAUUCUCCCGCAUAUCUUAUACUUAUUCCGCACCCUCCCCAUUACAAUCCCUAAUCCUAUUUUAAAGAACUUUCAGGCCAUGAUAAACGCUCCUAUUUGGAAACGGAAACCCCCCAGAAUAGCGCAAAAAUCACUCUGGCGCCCGUUUACAAAAGGGGGUCUUGGUGUUCCCAAUAUUAACCUUUACUACAAGGCGUCAUUGCUGGCCCAAGGCCUCACGAUCCUUCAACGCCCUUCUCCCCCGGUAUGGUUGGCGCUGGAAAACGCCUGCACACCCAACGGCUCAAUUCCUUUGUCUCUAUGGGCAGGGUCAAAACUCACCAAAACCAAAUCCUUGUUACCCACUACGGUCUCGCUCCUCCAUAACUGGAAGCGAACCACAUCAUUAUUCCUCCGAAACAACGACCUGCUCCUUGCAGCCCCACUUCAGGUCCUGGCUGUGCGAACGUCAGACAUCCAUUUAGACAAUUGGCUUAAACAGGGGAUCUCCCAUGUCCGCUCAUUAAUGACCCCAGAUGGCAUCAAGCCUUUCCCAGACUUAAUCCGGGAAUUCCAUAUCUCUCCACGAGAACUAUUCUCCUACCUCAGAUUAAAAAAUAUUAUCCAGGAAUGCAGGAUUAGCAUGGGGGAACCCGACCACUUGACGCCGUUUAUCCUUAAAUGCAUGGGCAAACUACCGAAAACCAAAGCUUUAUCCUUAUGCUACAACACAUUAUUGCUCCAUAAUAAGCCAUCUAAAUCAUCGUACAUGUCCAAAUGGGAAUCAGAUCUAGGAACGCAUAUCCCAAUAGAAAUGUGGCAUAACGCCCAAAGAUUAACCAAACAGGCUUCCCAUAGCCUUAACCAAUCGGAAACAUACUGCAAGCUAACGAUUCGCUGGUAUCUAGUCCCCACUAAAUUGGCCCACAUCUAUCCGGGAUCAGACGAUCGAUGUUGGAGAUGCCACAACUGCGAGGGGUCCCUCCUCCAUAUAUUUUGGUCAUGCACACAUAUCACCGCGCUAUGGCAGGAAAUACAUGCACUUCUAUAUAAAAUUCUGGGUGUAACAGUACCUUUGACGCCAGAAUGCUUCCUUUUACAUAUCUUCCCAGAUACCCUCCCUGAAGAAACGGCUGUAUUCACGAUUCACUGCUUAAUGGCCACCAAAACUGCCAUCGCGCACAGAUGGAAGUCCCCUUUGUCACCAACGCUGUCAGAAAUUUUAGGCAGGCUAGACUCAACUCACACAUACGAACGCAUGGCUAGCCGGCUGACCAGCAGCCAAACUAAAUACAGAUCACGUUGGCAGGUCUGGGUAGACUAUAGGAAGGGCGAGCCUCCUCCUCAGGGCCCAUAAUCGGUCCCCAAUCCCCCCCGGGCUUUCCCAAACCAACUCUCUGUGCUAAGUGUUCUACUGUAAUAUGUCUGAUACCAGGUUGUCUUCAUGUAUAUCCACCAUUGUUCUGUCACAUAUCGCUCUAACUGAUAAUUGUCAUUUCCAUUUGACCUAAUAUCAAGGUUUGUUUAAUGACAUUGUACUGUAUGUGAUGAUCUAUGCAAGCUGCCUUCCCCCCCCCCUUUCUCCUUUUCUCUUCUGUACCCCUCAUUUGAUUUGUAUUCUGUGUUAUUUGAAUGCUGACAAACACACUUAAAUAAAACACAUUGGAAAAAAAAAAAAAAUUGGAUAGCAUACAAGUUAGUCUGGGAAGCAAUCUCCUCCCAGAUGGUAUCCCCUAAAAAUAGUUCUAGAUACUGCAUUGGGGAGAAGUCAUCCACAUUAACAUUAAUGCCUGCGUUGGCACUAAAAGGGGGGACGUUGGGCUCGGCUAACUGUGGAGGUACCCAGUCCGCCUCCAUAUUCGGCGUAGCAGAGGAAGCACAGCUGACGCAGUGUCAGUGGUGUCAGAAUCUAACGCCAAGAAGGCAUAUGCCUCCUGCAAGUUAUACAUACGCUGCAUGUUUUACACACGACUAAAACAAAUUACAAAUUUAUUAAAACAGACUAAACUAACUCCUGUCACAAAAAUCUAAUGGAGAUUUGGGGGAAGGAAACUGACAGACCAAGAGACAGAUUUUUAAAACAAAUUUAACCCUUUUAAGUGCAAAAAAAAUAAUACAGACAGUACAAAUGCACUACUGUAACAGAUCUGGCAGGGAAGGGGUUAAAAGGUAAUUUAAAAAAAAAAAAUACUGAUAUUUUCUGAUGGUCACUGAACACUGCUGCAACAAACUAUCACGAUCUCUGCCUCUCUCGCCUCACAAAACGCUACAGAGGAGAGAGGGGCAGAAUCACUGUCAAAGUGAGUGUUUGUAACACCCACUUUGACAGCAGCCAAUUGUGAGCGAUCGCAGAUCGCUCACACACUACAAUUGGCUGUUACUAUCUGCCUGGGAUGUCUGGCAGAUAGUUACAGUGUUAUACCGACGGGAGCGAUCUUUGAUCGCUUCCUGUAGCCUGUUUUUUGCUAUGACGGUUCAGGACCGUCAGCGGUCCAAACACACAUUUUACCGCUGACAGUCCUGAACUGUCAGCGGUCCUGAAGGGGUUAAUAAUAUUAUUAUUAUUAUUAUUAUUAUUAUUAUUAUUAUAACGUGCCCCAGCUCCCUGAUUAUUAUUAAUUUGCAAGUGCAACAAAACGCUGCGCCUGUUAGUAUUUCCUAAUAGAGAUGAAUUGAAUCAAUGCAUCUCUAUGGGGAACAUUCAUUGCCUCCAUGUAGAGUGUGGAGGUGCUGCACACUGUGCAGCACUGGACUAGGAAUUCACCUCUAGUAGCCAUCUGAGCGACUCUCACUAGAGAUGUUACAAGGGAACAACGUGAACACUGCAUUUUCUCUGAAAAGGCAUUGUUUACAAUGAAAAGUCUACAGGGACAGUAUAUAGACACCAGAACUACUAAGUUAAGCUGUCUUGGUUCUGAUGACAGUGGUAUCCCUUUAAGAAUUGUAUUAUUGUCACUGAACAUAACUUAGUUUAAAAAAAAAAAACUGGCUCCUAACUUUUUUAGCUGGCUCCUAGAUUCCAAGCAAAUUUGUCAAGUCCUGAUGUAAUACAAAUCAAAGCUUUAAAAAGAAUUACCUUAUUACAAUUAUAAAAUGCAGCGUGUAUUUUUCUUCCAGUCCUUCUAGAAAUUUCAAGACUAUUGAACACUGGGCUGGAUAUGGAAACACUGUCAAUCUGUGUAAGGUUGUGUGAACAAGGAAUUAAUCCAGAGGCCUUGUCUUCAGUAAUAAAAGAGCUACGGAGGGCAACAGAAGCUCUGAAGGUAAUUAUUAUUGCAAUUUAUGGUGACAGUCCCACUUUAAAAGUUACAUGCAUAUCUUAAAAUAAAAAAAAGAGAGACUGUACUAUAGGGUCUGGGCUAGAAUUUAUACCACACAGACCAGGCUCGCCAAGCAAUUUGUAUAUGGUAUACAAAUAAACUAUAAUUCCUUCAAACACCUCAAUAGCAACGUAUGACCAUUACAUAACCUAAGUAUUAAAGGGACCCAUUAAUCAUCAAGACCCUCAUUGAAGUUUGUCUGAGUGCCAUGCCCCCCCCCUUAACCCCUUAAGGACACAUGUCAGAAAUAUUCUGUCAUGAUUCCCUUUUAUUCCAGAAGUUGUGUUCUUAAGUGAAAACAUUGCCGUUCUGCAUGGUUAAAAUGCCUGUGGGAAAGCAUUGGAUUGACAUCAAGCUUGAUGAUCUCAGUCAAGGAGGUGGAGCUGGCCACAGAAAGAGCACCAUGGCAAGGAGGUAAUGUUGUGCUCUCUGUAGCUAGCCAAGAUUCCCCUAUAUCACCAUUCUGUCUGCUUCAUUAAUUCCUAUAUGAGUCCUGUGUGUUGAGGGGCCUGGCAUAUAAUGCAAGUCCCUAUAUGUGCAUCUGUACUCUCAUAGGGUUGCCACUGGAAUUAUUUAUGGGUCUCCUUACAAAGAUCCUUUGGUCACAGCUGGCCCACCACAAAUGAAAAAAGAUGAUAGUGGGGCAAAUGUGGAGAUCUUCUGAUCUCCCCAAUAGGUUGCACAUGAUCAGGUCUUCCCUGCACGCAUGCCAUAGAUUGCAGAUCUUCUUGUGGGCCAAAUCUGAAUUGAAAAUCUGAGUCAGUUUUGAUAAUUUUUCUCAACUGGGUUAUUGUGGCCUAACAAAUGGAUUUUUUACAAUCUUUAUUUAACACUUUGAAAAGAUGACACAUAGUAGAAAAUUAAAAGUUGGUAACUUAACAUAAGGAGAAUAUCAUAUGACUGUACAAAAGUCAAUAGGAAACAUUACGGCUGAUACAGCAUUCCUAGUGUGAUUUUAUACCAAAUAAUUGAAACAAUCGAAGGACAGUCACCACUCAAACACAGUAAAAUAACAAGGAAGGGAACCCUCCAAAAGAAAAGAGGGGAAUGGCGAAAAAACGAAAUAGGGGGAGGGAAUUUAAGGGGGGAGGGGGAGAAAUCUGCCUUUAAGUAUUUAAAAGAGAAUAAUGUUAAGCUAGUCAGACCCAGUUAAAAUAUGAUUUUUUUUUUUUUUUUUUUAUCGAAUAGAACCUCUGUUACAGUUUUAUAUAUGAAUUACAUUUUUUUUUUUUUUUAUAUUAAUGAGCAAUUUUUACAAAUUUUUUUACAUUUGUGUCAAACGUCCAAUUCUUUAAAGUAUCACUAAUAUUCUUGCUUGCUUUCUAGGCUCCUGACAAUGUGGCAAGUUAGGGUGAGGAUGGUGCAACCAAAGCAGUCAAAAGGGAUAUCUUUUUAAAUCAAGCUUGGAAAGAUGAUGAUGGUCCAGUUACCUAACAACUCUGCACAACAUUCAUCUAUCCAAAAACUACAUGUCAUGCAUUAUGAACUGUGGACAUUUGUUUACUUUUUGUAGAUAUUUAUAUUUGUUGGGCCCUUGAAUCAUUUCAAUACACUUAAUUUGAUAGCAAGUUGCAUGUCAUUUCACUAUUAUUUAUUGUACAUGGGGAGAUCUUUCUACUCUGACAUGUUUUGAUCAAAAUUUGCCAUCAUUGAAAUCAAUUGCAAAGUGGAUGACAACAGCACUUGUUUUGGUUUUACACAUUUUUUUUUUUUAAAUGGAAGUGUAUGCAACAGAUCAGAUCAUUAAUCAUCAUCAGGUUUACUGCAGUAAUAAUUGAUAUCUGUUGGAAUGUAAAACACUGUUUUACGGUGGUCUGUAUAGUGUGCUAAUAAAUAAUGUCACCUUGUGUUUGGCCAGUCAUUAGAAUGCUUUAUUGCAUCUGACCUCUAUCAGACAUGUCUGUGUCAAGUAUGCUUUGUGUUUUAAAGAGACACUAUAGUCACCUGAACAGCUUUAGCUUAUUGAAGCAGUUUUGGUGUAUAGAACAUGCCCCUGCAGCCUCACUGCUCAAUCCUCUGCCAUUUAGGAGUUAAAUCCCUUUGUUUAUGAACCCUAGUCACACCUCCCUGCAUGUGACUUGCACAGCCUUCCAUAAACACUUCCUGUAAAGAGAGCCCUAUUUAGGCUUUCUUUAUUGCAAGUUAUGUUUAAUUAAGAUUUUCUUAUCCCCUGCUAUGUUAAUAGCUUGCUAAACCCUACAAGAGCCUUCUGUAUGUGAUUAAAGUUCGAUUUAGAGAUUGAGAUACAUUUAUUUACGGUAAAUUACAUCUGUUUGAAAGUGAAACCAGUUUUUUUUUCAUGCAGGUUCUGUCACUCAUAGCCAGGGGAGGUGUGGCUAGGGCUGCAUAAACAGAAACAAAGUGAUUUAACUCCUAAAUGGCAGUGAAUUGAGCAGUGAAAUUGCAGGGGAAUGAUCUAUACACUAAAACUGUUUUAUUUAGCUAAAGUAAUUUAGGUGACUAUACUGUUCCUUUAAUCUGUAUGUAUCCUGCAUAAUUGAAUAAAAUAGUGCACUCUGAUUUCCAGUACCUGAUUCUACAUGGUAUGUUGUGUAAACACAGAAUUAUCUUGUUCUUUCUUCUUAAAAUACCCAAAUGCCAAUUUUAUAGAAACUUUGUAAUACAUUAAUAAGAACAUGUAUCUUAUGUUUUGUAUUGAUAUUCAGUAGCACAAUGAUCAAUAUUCUUUUUAUACGUUAACCUUAUUCACAUAUUUAUUGUUUGAAAACAGCCAUGAUUAUGUACAUCUUUAUACAACCCCCCCAUAUUCUACAACAGCUUAAAGGGACACUAUAGUCACCAGAACAACUACAGCUUAAUGCAGUGUUUAGAUUGCCCCGAGGGACACAUCCAAGUGACCACUCAGAUGGCCACUGGAGGGGCUUCCUGGCUCAGGGCUGUACAGUAAGCAGCCCUGCUGUUCAGCGUCCCCACACUCUACAUGGAGAUGCUGAAUUUUCCUCAUAGAGAUGCAUUGAUUCAAUGCAUCUCCUACGAGGAGGUGCUGAUUGGCCAAAACGCCGUCUGGCCACGUCCCCUUGCGUAUUUUAGCCAAUCCAAUGCUUUCCCAUGGGAAAAUAUUGGAUUGGCUAAAAAGCUGCAAUUUUGAUGAUGUCACUAAGGGGGCAGGGCCAGCACUGGCAGACCCAUGGAGAGCUGAAAAUAAGGUGAGUUUUAACCCAGUCUGAGGAGGCUAGGGGGGGCAAGCCACCUGAAUGGUGGGUUUUCACUAUAGGGUCAGGAAUACAUGUUUGUGUUCCUGACCCUAUAGUGAUCCUUUAAGCUUUUCUUCAUAUGGACUCAACACAGUUCUGGAGACAUACUUUAAAGGUCUUGGCAAUGCUUAUUUGAUAUCAUAUUUACACACCUCCUAUAGAUUUUCUGGGUAUAUAAUCAUGCUGCAUGUUUCUAAUUUUCUCUUAUGUCAAAUGAGCUCUAUUGGAUUUUGAUCUGAGCACUAUACAAGUCAUUUGAGUUGGAUCGCCUGCCCGCUUCUGUCUUCUUCUUUUCCAGUGAUUACUGGAAUGUGACAGUGUAAUCUGCUUCUACUGUAACACAUGUGCUUCAAGGGCCAAUGUUUCUAUGUGAUGAUAAACAUAUCUAUUUCAUGAGCUACAGUUGCAAGAAAAAGUAUGUGAACCCUGUGGAAUGAUAUGGAUUUCUGCACAAAUUGGUCAUAAAAUGUGAUCUGAUCAUCUAAGUCACAACAAUAUACAAUGACAGUCUGCUUAAACUAAUAAACACACAAAGAAUGAAAUGUUGCCAUGUUUUUAUUGAACACACAAUGUAAACAUUCACAGUGCAGGUGGAAAAAGUAUGUGAAUCUGUAGACUGUCAUCUCCAAGAGCUAAUUGGAGUGAGAUGUCAGCCAACUGGAGUCCAAUCAAUGAGAUGAGAUUGGUGUUGGUUACAGCUGCCCUGCCCUAUAAAAAACACACACCAGUUCUGGGUUUGCUUUUCACAAGAAGCAUUUCCUGAUGUGAAUAAUGCCUCGCACAAAAGAGCUCUCAGAAGACCUAUGAUUAAGAAUUGUUGACUUGCAUAAAGCUGGAAAGGGUUAUAAAAGUAUCUCCAAAAGCCUUGCUGUUCAUCAGUCCACUGUAAGACAAAUUGUCUAUAAAUGGAGAAAAUUCAGCACUUCUGCUACUCUCCCUAGGAGUAGCCGUUCUGUAAAGAUGACUGCAAGAGCACAGUGCAGACUGCUCAAUGAAGUGAAGAAGAAUCCUAGAGUGUCAGCUAAAGACUUACAAAAGUCACUUGCAAAUAACAAGAAUUAAUUUCAUGGGAGGAUACCACAGAGGAAGCCACUGCUGUCCAAACAAAACAUUGCUGCACGUUUACAGUUUGCACAAGAGCACCUGGAUGUUCCACAGCAGUACUGGCAAAAUAUUCUGUGGACAGAUGAAACCAAAGUUGAGUUGUUUGGAAGAAACACACAACACUAUGUGUGGCGAAAAAAAGGCACAGCACACCAACAUCAAAACCUCAUCCCAACUGUGAAGUAUGGUGGUGGGGGCAUCAUGGUUUGGGGCUGCUUUGCUGCGUCAGGGCCUGGACGGAUUGCUAUCAUCGAAGGAAAAAUGAAUUCCCAAGUUUAUCAAGACAUUUUGCAGGAGAACUUAAGGCCAUCUGUCUACCAGCUGAAGCUCCGCAGAAGAUGGGUGUUGCAACAGGACAAUGAUCCAAAGCACUGAAGUAAAUCAACAGAGUGGCUUAAACAGAAGAAAAUACGCCUUCUGAAGUGGCCCAGUCAGAGUCCUGACCUCAACCCGAUUGAGAUGCUGUGGCAUGACCUCAAGAAAGAGAUUCACACCAGACAUCCCAAGAAUAUUUCUGAACUGAAACAGUUCUGUAAAGAGGAAUGGUCAAGAAUUACUCCUGACCGUUGUGCACGUCUGAUAUGCAACUACAGGAAACGUUUGGUUGAAGUUAUUGCUGCCAAAGGAGGUUCAACCAGUUAUUAAAUACAAGGGUUCACAUACUUUUUCUACCUGCACUGUGAAUGUUUACAUGGUGUGUUCAAUAAAAACAUGGCAACAUUUAAUUUUUUGUGUGUUAUUAGUUUAACCCCUUAAGGACACAUGACGUGUGACAUGGCGUGAUUCCAGAAGUUUGGUCCUUAAGGGGUUAAGCAGACUGUGAUUGUCUAUUGCUGUGACUUAGAUGAUGAUCAGGUCACAUUUUAUGACCAAUUUGUGCAGAAAUCCAUAUCAUUCCACAGGGUUCACAUACUUUUUCUUGAAACUGUAUAUGGAUAAGGUUAUGUGUUCAAGUACUAUUAGGCACUAGCAAUGUAGCACCUUUUGGUUUUUAUCUCCCUUCCUUCCCCUCCUAUCAAUGCAAAAUUAUAUCAUCAAGCCUCAUGUUCCUUUCGCUUUGCUACAGUAGGUAAUAUGUUGGCGCUAUAUAAAUUAUAAAAAUACUAGCCAAUUGUGAAAUAUAUUUUUUGAAUGAGCUCUAUUCUGUUCUACAGAUUUACAAUCAUUGGGUGGAGCAUUGAUAAGUACAGCUGCUCACUGCAUUAGUUUGACUCCAUAAUGUUGUGGUUUGAGGAGAGAUAAGUAGUGCUGAGGGAGCCUUGGCGCUGUAAAACAGUUAGUAAAAACCUUUGUUACUACUAUUUUCAUGGGGCGCACGGGGCAAUUGGGGGAUUACUAAAUAACUAUGUAUUCCUGACCCUCUAGUGUUAAAAUCACCAUCUAGUCCCCCCUUGCCUCCUUAAAUAUAGUUAAAUCUUACUUGUAUUCAAGUCUGCAGCUGCUGCCUCUGCCCCUGUCUGUUGACAUAAUCAGGCAUGGUGGUCUGAGCCAAUCACAAUGCUUCCCCAUAGGAUUGGCUGAGACUGUCAAGGAGGCAGAUCGGGGCAGAGCCAGCACAAGUCAAACACAGCCCUGGCCAAUCAGCAUCUCCUCAUAGAGAUGAAUUGAAUCAAUGCAUCUCUAUUUGUAAAGUUCAGUGUCUGUAUGCAGAGGGUGGACACUAGGGCUGCACACUAGGCAAGACUGCCCCAGGAAGCACCUCAAGUAGCCAUCUGAGGAGGGCCAGUAGAGUUAUCACUAGGCUGUAAUUUAAACACUACAUUUUCUCUGAAAAGACUGUGUAUACUGCAAAAAUCCUGAAAGGAAUAAUUCUACUCAUCAGAACAAAUACAAUAAGCUGUAGUUGUUCUGGUGAUUAUAGUGUCUCUUCAAAAUAUUAAACAUUUCGAGGGUUACCCCAACCAAAAACCAGUGUUUUAGGAAAGCCUGGUCCACCCCUCCUCCACUUAAUAAAUAAAUAGCAAAAGCUCCCCUUACUUUCCAGCACCAAUGCCAAGUUCUCCCUAAGCCCAAUCUUCUUCCUAUUUAAUCACACACCGGAGGGAAGCUAGAGCAGGCCUAGUGGUGCAAUACCUCCAUUAUCUGUUUGAUGCUGUCAGAUGCCAAUUUUACUCGGAAUUGAAAUUUGCCAACCCAAAACAAUUAUGCUGAUGCUCAGUGAUGCUGUUGGAGUGGACUUUACAAGGUAAAUAUCCAUAUGUGCAGGGUUUUACUAUGAAACUCUUCACAUACAGACUCCAGGGCAGCAUUACCACAAUAAACAACUGAUGUGUUUUUAAAAAUGUUUUAAUAUGUUUCACUAUGUAUCAGACAUUUUUGUUUAAUACAUUUUCUUGUUCUCUAGUAAUUUUACACAAAUUCAUGCUCCAUCCAAUGCCUUCAUUGAUUGUUACACAUGGUGAAACUAUGGUCCACUAGAUGGCAGACUAGCACUAAUAAUAUUUCCAAUUAUGCCAUAGUAAGCACUAAACCGCAAAUUGUGAUAUAUAUGUAUGUAAAUAUACUAUGCAAAUUUAAUUAAGCUUCAGUGACCCUUUAUGGAAUUAUUUACAGAAGAAACAAAAACUGAUUAUUGGAGUUAAGAGACAAUAAAAACCAGCACAUGGGUCAAUAUUUGUUAUUAUAAGAUUGUCUUUAAACUUGGCACUUCACUUAUUAAUAGUUCCAAGAGGAGUUUUACUUUUUUCUCCCCUGAAGCAGUGCUCAAAAUAAUUUACCAGCUAUAUCAACAUAUUAUAACUUUCUAACUUUCUUUACCGCAGAACAGAUUAAUCAAUUAAUUUCCUAACCUUUUUUUAAAAUAAGAUCUUAUGUCUAGUAUUAGAAAUAUCAGCUGUACAUUACUGUACUCCGCAGGAGUCCCCCUUCCCUAUUUAAUAUAUUAUGUCAAAUAUGCAUUAAAUAUGCAAAAAUUAAUUAAACAAAAAAAUAAAUAAACAUCACAGUCGACAUUCGUGUAUUUUUAUUAUCAUGUUCAAUAGUUGUAACUCUUUGAUACCCCAGGCUAUUUACAUGUAAAACAAAAAAAUUAUUUUCUUUAAAAAAAAAGAAAAUCACUUUUGAAAUUCUAGCAUUUCGUAUAAUUUUUCAUCUAGAAAUUGGUUACACCAUCAAAAAUCUGCAUUGUGUUUAAUGGUAGCUGAACAUUACCAUCCAAACCCCUAAAAGAAGAGGUGUAUGAAGCAUACACUUCUGCACUUGACAGCAAAUAAAUAAGAUGAAUGAAACUGCUUCCUUAGAUGACAGUAGCAGCUCCAUUGCAAUGGCAAGAAACCAUUUACAGUUUUGUAUGAAGUAGCUGUUAACAGGCAUCCAGCAACAUGCAUGCAUACAGCUUGCAGGUCAGUUUCCUCUACAGUAAGUAGUUAGGACAACAUUUCAAGUGAGCUAAACGAAUGUUACUGUUCCUUAGGAUGGCCAGGCUGAACACAGUGCCUAUAGAAAGGUUAAACAAACCUUUAAACAGUUAGAUUCAAGAGUAAGCUGAAGUCAAGGGUAAGAGAAGAACAAAAAAAGGAAGCAAAAGUCUAGGUCAACAGAAGUCAAGGAAACCAAGUACAAGCCGAGUCACAACUGAAAAUCAGCAGAACAAAAUAAAUGCAUUUUCAGGUAAAUAAAGGCCACAAUAGGGCAUUGAAGAAUCCCAGCUGUGGUGAAGAAAGCUUAUAGGCUGACAUACUUGCAAUGUCAGAAUGUGCAGUCAAGAUGUUGCACUAAUGCUCUGGUAUGUAUAUUUUGGGAAUAAAAGGACGUGGAAAGGUGUGUUGUCACAUCUUUACACCACAAUGACCUGGACAUGUUGGGUUAAUGUCCACUGAUGUGUGUACUCAUUCUAAAGUACUCAAUCUCCUGUUACCUUUGUAGAUCUAGAUCCAGUGUCUGCUUUGAAGGUAGAAGACACCUACAAUAUUAGCAGAAGCACUUUUUGACUCAGGAGAGGCUGCCCAGAGGCACUAUCAGAGGAUAGAGACAAACUAACUGAUGAAGCCGCAGCAAUUCAAUCAUAUUGGAAAAUGUUGGUGUAUGGCCAGAAAGCAGGCUAUAUCCUUUGGUGCCUGGCAGCAACAUUGAGACCUUUAUGAAUUCAUAAAUCACACACACAUGCUUCAAACUGUGGGCAUAAAGGGUUAUUCACUUAAGUGAGAAUUGUCAGGAUUUCAAAGUGAACUUUAAAAUAUAAGGCCAAAGUAGCCAAACUAAAAGCAGAGAUGACUUGGGGAAUGUAUCAUGUUCAGCUAUUUUGACCUAAAAUGUGAAAUUAAAUUUGAAUUUCAGUCAGCUGUCAGUUCAGUGAGUAAUACUGUAGGCCACCAUUAACAGACAUCAGCAGUAUUAAAGGAUGUGUAAGGCUGGUCCACAUCACUUCAAUAGCAACAUUCUCCAUAUGACUUCUUCAUCGUGACAAUGGAAGGACAAUUCAGAUAUGGUGGUGACCACAGCCUUCAUAUUAUGUACCAUAAUAAAGUUAUUUCACACCAGUUAAAAUGUUAUUGUUCUACUUUAUGCCAAAAAUUCUGUUAACUGUUAUUUGAUGUAACCAUUUGUAGGUCCCAUCUCUGCAUAUUCUGCACUGCAAUCCGAUACUAUGUCAACAUCACUAUUUGUAUUUGUACUGCAAUUUUCAGUCUCACCUAAAAUACUCAAAAACUUUAAAUAAAGAAUUUUUAAAAGGGUGUGUGCUAUAACUAGAGUUCAUCCUUCCCUUCGUCCUUUUCUGUAUCCAAAGUCUAGUCUGGUUACAUUUUAAGAUGGUGGGGAGGCGGACUACUUCCCUGUAAUUUGAAUCCAUCCCUUAACCUUGUAACCACCAUUUUCUGACCUAAGGCAUCUGUCAACCAUUAAUCGUAGUCCCUAUACAAAAUUCAGAGAAGCAUACUAUACAGAGUUACCUAUACAAUACUCAGAGCUAGGUAUAGUAUAAAGAUAUUCAUACAAUACAGCUAAUACCUAUACAAUACACAGAACUGAGUAGCUUACAGAGAUACCCAGACAAUACACAGGAACCUAUAGAAAAAAACACUGAGAAGAAAAAGGCGGUAACAAAAUGCAAAGAACUGAGCUUAAUACAGAGCUACCCAUACAAAACUUAGAGCGGGCAACAACAAAAAAAUAACUAUAAAAUACACAAAAGAUGGAUAGACAACAGAGACACCCAUACAACAGGCAGAACUGACUAAAAUACAGACAGGGUUAUUCACUAAAUUCCAAAUGGCCCUAUACUGAACAGGGCAAAAACAUCCAGUGCUGUACAGGGCCCUUCGGAAUGCAAAUUUCAGACAUUUCUAAAUAUUUAUCAAUAUCCAGAUUUUGCAAGUCCUGGAUGAACCUGAAUUUGGUCUAGACAUCAGUCAAACCAAAUGCUGAAGUGUUAAAACUGGUAACAGGACAGCCUCUCUCUGUGCUCACAGCCAUUGUUAGAGGGUGGAGGCUCGUUUUAAAAUGUAGCUGGUGGGGGCUCUAAUUAUAAUACAGGUAGUACUAGUUUAAACCCACACCUCACCAAUGGGUGGCAGAUGAGUGCUACUAAUAAUAAUACUGGGAAGACCUAGAGUCCAUCCCCCAGCCUCCACCCAUGAGUGGCAAUAAAGGGGUAUUAAUUAAAUAUACAAUUGGGGUUGGCCUAUCAUUAUCCACCGUACAGUUUAGUGACUAGGGAUCCCCAAGUUUAGAACAACUGCCCUUUAAAAUAAAGUAACUCUACCUGCCCCACCUUAACCUAACAAUAGUGAAGGGGGAAGCCAAUAAAACUAAUAAUAAAAAAAUCAUACUUACCAUCAGAAAUCUUUUUUUUAAUUCAGCCUCAAAAAGGCCAAAUUGAAAAUAAAACCCCCCCACUGAAAACAAUAAUAAAAACAACAACAUAACAACAAAUAUUUCCAUCUUCACCCUGUGAUGGCUCCACAUUUUAUAAAGGAUCUCUAAUGCUUUGAAUUCUCUUUAUUCUGGCCUCGGAAUAAUCUUAUGACAAGUCUCGAAGGAAGUGAUACAUGCCUGUGAGAGAGCUCUGACUAGUUGGAUUACAUUUUCUAAUGGAAAAGGCUUUUCCCGCCUUAAUGGUCAUCUGAGGGGAUCUUUCGCAGGGUGAAGAUUGCACUAUUUUUUGUUGCGUCAAGUAUUUUAUUUUUUUAAAUAUUUUUUUGUUUGUUGUGUUCUUAUGGAUUUUUAAUUUGGCCAUUUUGGAAAGCCUCCACCCACCGAUCACUGGCCUUGGAAGGGGGUGGACAGCGAUCUGUCCACUCCUCAUUAUUUAAUUUAAGGUCCCCAUCAUGGGUAGGACCCAAGUUAGUGACUUUCUAGUGACUGCUUGCUCUGCCAGCAGACAAAUAGUACUUCAAAUAAUCAAUCACUUACAAAAAGCAAAUCAACUAUAAUUUGCAAAAGUGCAUCCUGCCAGAAGCAUUCAGUCCCAAUUUUUUUUUUCAAAACCAGGGCUUUAUAAAUAUGAAAAAUCUAUUUGAUUUAAUUGAUUAAUUGCUGUCAUUGGCAAUAUUGAUGAAUUUCUUAUGCAAACUGCUGCAUGCUGCCAUCAUUCUGGUAUCAUUUUGGGUGCAGAUCUCUACGAACUCAUAUCAUUUUAUCAUGCUGGGAGGCUUUGUGCCAUUUGCCACCCAUGUCUACUUGCAUCCUUCAUGUCACAUUGACCUUGUACCGUUUGACAUUGCAGGACUGACACAAACCAAUCAAUCCAAAUCCUCCUCUGUCCAUUCUGUACCCUGUCGUGGUUUCCCUAGUACUUUUCCAAGAGUACAUUUUGAUACUCUAUUGAUUCCAGGUAUUUUGACUUUGGUUUGUUCCUGACUAUUCUCUAUUCUGUAAUCUUUUAUCCUGGCUAAUUCAUGUUACCUUCUAUUGUCCUCGAUCUCGGCUAAUUGCUGACUUUUCUCUAGCCUGUUAUACAGGUCUUUAUUACUUUACUGUUAGGGUUAAGCCAGGCCAACCCUAACGACCGGUAUUACACUUCUGUUCAUUUCUUUUUCCUAUCUUACCUAGGCAUGACCUAGGUUAUGCGUGUUGGACCUGGUGUUACCAUGAAAAUUGCUAUAUUUUACUGCUCUAAUCCAGAAAAUAUAUGAUUAUGAAAUCUAAGCAAAUUAAAUAUCUUACACAGAGCUUGUAUUGUAGUAGUGCAUCCCACUAUCACAUAUACCCAAUUUUCCUUAAAUUUUUGUUUGUUUUUGUGUAUAUUAGAAUUUACUGCCUGUAAAAAAUUAUGAAUGUUGCUAUUGAAGUCUCUGUUAACUGCAUGAACUGUGGUGUUCUUCAGAACUGCACCUCAACAUAGGGUCAUACUUCAAUACAUUUCAAAAAUGCUGUGUUUUCACUAAGGACAUUAAAAUGUUUCAAAUAUUGUAAUACAACCAAAAGAAAAUUAAUUAGUUAAUUAAAAAGCGUUAUGCACGAGCAAAGCACUUUUACUUUCCUUAGAGAAUUUAAAGCUUGUGCGUAAUCAGAUUGUGGUCAUUUUUAAUCAUCAGAAGAUUUGAUUUUUACUGUUAAUAAAGAAAAUUCGAGCUUCAGCCAAUAUUCCAGGCCAAGUUGGAUAGAGAUGUUAAAAAUAUAGAAGAUUAUAGCAAGAUGCAACUAACACAAAUUUGAUUAUGGUUUGAGAGGAAAUCACAUUAUCUUGUAGAAAAACAAACAGAAGAUAAGAGAACACUGAGAGUGGGCAAAAAAAAAUUUGGAUGGUAGCUUGACUUUCAGUUAGUCUACACUUAGAUCUCAAAACAAGUUUAUGCUCAGUCACAACUGCCAUUACGAGAAAUGAUAUGCCAUUUUCAGAUCCCACUCAUAAGGGCAGUCUAGAUUCAGCUUAGCAUCCUCAUGAACUCAGUGAUUUCAUAUUAUUGAAAGACUAGAAGUGUAUUUUUAUGUUGAUAAAGCAUACACCUUCUAUAGACUGCAAGCUCAUUUGAGCAGGGCCCUCAUCAACCUAUUGUUCCUGUAAAUAUUUGUAAUUUUCUCAUUUAUUGUUACGUCUCCCCCUUUGAUAAUAUUGUAAAGCACUACGGAAUAUGCUGGCGGUGUAUAAAUACCAGUAAUAAUAAUACUACUUCCCAACAACUGGGAAGUGGGGAAUCUGGACGGGUGUGGCACGGAGGGUGGUGUCACCAGUGACACAAUUCACUAGUAAAGCCCAUAAUGGAUGGGCCUGCCCAGAAAGAGGCAGGCCAGCCAACUGAUAGGCAGCCUGUCCAGCCCAAGCCUUCAGGAUGAUGCAGCCAUGCAGGGAGUGCCGCUGAAGUGCAGCUGAAGUGCUUCCUGUUUGGUCCUAGUGCCUGUUUCACAGCGCAUGCUCAUCUAAUGAUGUGCUCAAAUUGUACUGCCGUAGACAGUUCCCUAGUGUCUUCAAAGCAGGAUACUGGAGAAUGAAGAGGAAACCACAACAGAGCAAUGAUAAUGAGGUUAAAACUUUUUUUAAACACUGAUGUGGACACUAGUUGGUCCCAGUCACCCCUGUGACCUCAAAAUGGGCAAGAAUGAGGUCUCAGGGAUGACACGGCACUGCCAAAAUAGGAAAUUAUGCUAGGCUUCAUAGAGAUAUAAGUCAAGAUGUGCCAUGAGCGUGCAGCGUCCAUCUCUCUCUAUCAUGAAGAGCAUACAUGUCUAGAUCAGCACAUUCAGGGAAUUCGGACUGCCCGAAUGCAAGUGCCAAUCAGGAAAGCAGAAGUUAACCUGGAGGCGGUAUUUCCCGGACUACAUGCACAGUGUGCUCAGACAAGUUGCAUCCGCAUGUCGAUCAGGUAAGUACCGUGACAGCGCUACAACAGUCGUGUUUAUUAAAGAGGAACUGUUAGCUCUCUGUGACAGCUCAAUUAUCACUCAUUCAAGUAAACACUGUUGAAGAUAUUGAGAUGUGCAGCAGAGUAAGUAAAAAUCACACAUAUUAUUAUAAUCACCUAUUUACUUAUCUACUCAAUGUAUUUUUGUCAACAUUCUCUUGUGAUGAAGUGUGUUCACAUACAUGCUGGGAACUCUUUCAAAGAUGCUGUGCACCACAUGAUUACAGAAUUUAUUGUACUAAUUUCAGCAGCUGUAAUUAUACCCACGCAUAGUCAUAAUAUUUAUAUUUUAUUGACAUUUUGGGAAACUUCAUAAAACCAUAAAAUAAUGCCAUAAUUCUUACCAAUAUAUUCUAGCAGAGUAUUUGAUGAUUUUAUACCCCCAUAAUUGUGAACAAAUUUAAAACAACUUUAAAUUCACAAAAUUCUAUUUUUUCUUUGGGUAAUUCUGUACAUCAACAUAUAUGUACAUACCGUAUCUCACAAAAGUGAGUACACCCAUCACAUGUUUGUAAUUUAAUGUCUAAACCGUGGGCAACAAAAGUGAGUACACCCCCUAAGUGGAAAUGUCCAAAUUUCUAGACAUUAAUGGCUGUGUGUUGAGUUAUUUUGAGCGGACAGCAAAUUUACACUGUUAUACAGGCUAUACACUUACUACUUAACAUUGCAGUAGAGUUGCCAUUUCUUCAGUGUUGUCACAUGAAAAGAUGUAAUAACAUUUUUACAAAAAUGUGAGGGGUGUGCUCACUUUUGGGAGAUACUGUAUAUUUGUUUCAUCCAUGUACCUGCUGUGCAAGCAUUGCUUCAAAUAAAAAUUAUUCAUAUAUUAGGGCUAAAAAAACAGCAUUUUAAAACACUAUUUUAUCUAGAUGCUCAUCUGUUGUGCGUUGGUAUUUGUUUCUCCAUUAUAUUUGUUUGUUGGGAUUCAUAUAACUGAUAUCUGGAAACGGUGAUCACAUUUCGUAAAACUUGUCACUUUAAAUAAAGAAUUAAAAAAAAAACACUUUUAUUUAUAUAGUGUUUUUUUUAAACAUAUACAUGUACACAUUAAUAUUAGUUAUUAUAUAGAGGGUUAAAUACAUAUUUGUUGUUGGUUGGACAAAGUGUGCUACUACUACCUAUUAAUGAUUUCAGGGUUGUUCUAUUCUAAACAGCUUCAUUUUUAUAAUUCACUGGUUCCAUUUAUUAAAAUACUUUUCUUUUCACUUCAAAGAUGUCGGUAAUUAUUCUCUGCUUCGGAAGAUUCCAACUUUGAUGUAAAAAACAUAUGCAUAACAAGAAAUAAAAAAUAAAUCAAGAUUUUCUUUUCAGUUUGGACAUAGAUUGACUACUUAAUGGAUGUGAUAAGAUGCACUUUCUUGUGGCCUAUCUUGGCUGUCACAUCACAUUUUGCCCUGCUGGAAGGCUGGCUAUUGUGACAGUCACUGUUGCAAUGGGAGCAGCAUAUCUGCACCUUAUUUUCAACCCUGGUUGUCAAAGGGAAAACAUGAACAUUAAAAUUUAAUCCAGUAUGGAACUAAUGAAUCAAACAUUACUUUGAUCUGUUAGCUGAAUUUCCAAGUUCCUUGCCAACAUUCAAGUAAGUAAUGGAUUGAAAUAGCAGGUGGUGUUGGAUGAAUUUAAAGAAUUUAGAUCAUAAGAAUAACAUUAUCUGAAGCAUUGUUUGCAAACAUCAGUCUACUGACAGGGAAUUCAACAAAUGCAUUACAGUAUGCAGUAUAGUAUGUAACAUAAAAACUAUUUAAAUAAGUGGAUUUAUUUUUAAAGUGGUAAUCGACCCUUUGGUACUCUGCAUUUUAAUUUAAUUUAACACUGAACUAGUCUAAAUAAUAUAACUAGUACAGCUUGGUAUAGUGGUUAUGCUGCUUGGAGUCUCUGGGUACCAACCCUAUUAUGUUAAACCAUUAAGGAAUGGGUUGUCAAAAAAAUGAUACUAGAGUUCUUUGACGUAGUGGUUGGCUUAAACAUUGUAUGAUCAUAUAGGUUGCUUAAAUCCCCAAAGUUAUUUGUUAACAUAGGUGAUUUUAAGUAGCCUUGUAAUCCUUUAUUUCACUUACCUCUUUCCAGCGCUAAAGUCCCUUGGCUAUGGAUAGAUCUUCCAUGUAUCCAUUCCAAUGUGGAACCUAACGUGCAUCCGCUGCGGGUACUGUGUGCGAAUUAGAGUUUAUGGGGAAUUUAAUCAUAAUACAGAUUAAGGAGCAGCGCACACAUAAAAAUAAAUUUUUCAUUUUAUAAGGCUACUUAAAAUCACCUAUCUCAACAAACAAAUAUGGGGAUUCAGUUCCACCAUAUUGUGUUAAGCCCACCAUUACUUCACAGUACCCCAAUAUCGGUGGGUCCUACACUAAUUCAAAUGUGGGAGACAAAUUAAAUAGUGCUAGUGUUAAAUAAACUAAACUGAAUUAGCAUUGUAAAUAUAUAUAAUGCAAAAUUAAUGUGAUAAACCAAAUUCACAAAAUGCAGUGUCAAAACUAAACAAUUAAAGUGAUAGACCUUUGAUGUAUAUACUCACAAUGCAAAUCAUAUUUCUGCUCUAUGAAAAUUAUAAUAAAAGUGACCUUACUAUCCAAAAUCUCCUUAAAUAUAUACCUUUCUGUGGUCACCUCCAAAAAAGCCUCUGAAGCUGGGGGCUGGGCAGGGUGCUCAACCCAAAAGGAAUCAGGUUUGGGUUUCAAACUUACAUAGUAAAGAUAAAAGGGAAUUGGGGGCUCACCCAAAACAUGCAUAUUGCAGGAAUGGCGCUGCCGUAGUGACCAAAAUGCACACAUAAUACAGAUUAAGGAACAGCUUACACAUUAAAGUACAUUUUUUCAUUUUAUAAAGCUUCUUAAUAUCACAUUAUGUAUAUUCACAAUGCUCUUACCAUAGAUUAUUAAAAUUAACUUUAGCUUAUUAAGCACUAGCAUGUUGGUAUUAGUGUAAGACUCACCAAUUUUAGGUUACUAUGAAGUAGUGGUGGGCUUAACACAAUAUGGCCAUAUGGUGGAAUUGAAUCCACAUAUUUGUUUGUUGAGAUAGGUAAUUUUAAGUAGCCUUAAAAUUUUUUAAAAUGUAUUUUUAUGUGUGCGCUUAAUAUGCAUUAUGUAUAAAUUUUGGUGACUGCGGCUGCACCAUUCCUGCAAAAUCCAUGUUUUAGGUGUGCCCCCAAGUCUAUUUUGUCUUUACUAUGUAAGUUUGGAAUCCAAAACUUUGUGGCUAAACUUUUUUUUAAAUGUGUAAUGCACUAUUGGGCAUUAGUGACUUGUUCUUCCUUAAUUAAAAUAAUAAAAUAAAAUAAAAAACAGCUUACCUAGAAUCCAGCGACGGGUGAAGCUCACUCUCUGGUCUCCACACUCUGUCUGACGUCACUCCUUUCCUCUCCGUUUGCCAAUCAAAUGCUUCUCACAGAUGUAGUUUCUGUGCAGAGUUAUCAAUAGGCAACUCAGAACAGAGUUUCAGGUUGUCAAAGUCAAGAGUGCUGGGUGGAGUUGUGGGGGUAACUAGCCCCACACAAAAUGGCAUAUUACGAUGUAUAUGCAUCAUUUCAAGCAAAAAGUGUCCUGAAAAUAACAGCUACCCUCUUCUUCCAAACAGUAAAUAAAGUUUUAAUGAGUUAUUCCAUUCCUACAGUCAAGUAGGGCAUAGAGGCAAAUGAGCUUUUUAACUUCACUGUUAGCAUUACAUUAGGAUUCCAGAAAUUGACAAAGAUUGUUAUAGCACUUUUUAAAAAAUGUUAUUUUUAAAAUAUAUGAUUUAAUUGUAAUUACUAUAUGUCAGCAUUAUUUUAUAUUCUGAUCCAUUGUCAGCAAUCUCUACUGCUAGUAAUGCUUUCGAAUUCCCAUAUACCUAUAAGAAGACCAAUUUGAUAAUUUUUACACCUACUAAAAAUAUUUUUGAUUUAGACCACAAUUUCAGAUCCUGUGUGAAACAUUACAAGAUAAAAUACUCUGUAUACUGCCAAAGGCUUUUCAUUUCCCCAGAAUUUCUAUAAAGGAUAAAUGAAUAACAGAAAACUAUACAUUGUGUAGACAUGUGCAAUUAGUUUCAUUUCGAAUGUCAAUUUGGAUGAAUUUCGGGCAUUUCGGACAUUUGGAUACUUCUGAAUGUCCGAAUAGCUGAAUUGCCGAAGUUCCGAAUUGCCGAAGUUCCGAAAUUGGUGAAUUUCCGAAGUGUUGAAGUUCCGAAGUGCCGAAGUUCUGAAGUUACCAAAGUUCCGAAGUGUUGAAGUGCUGAAGUGCCGAAGUUCCGAAACACAGUAUUACCGAAGUACUAAUAUACCUACCCAGUGGAGGAAUGAAGAAUGUGACACUGUAUACACGUUUAAAUAAAAAGUAUACAAACAUAGCCAGGAUUCAGCUGUAAGCACUUGCAACACUUACAACAAUCAAGUAACACACAUUCAUAUAAAUUGUAAGUUACUUAGCCAGUCAAUGGAAUGACAGGAAUGAAUAAGUAGAUAACUCCCUAAUUCCCACGGUAUUACGGAGCUAUCUACCAAAUUGGUCUUUCAGCCAAACGUACUAAUACUAAGUAAAGAUUACUUAGUAUUAGUAAAUAAUGCCCCUACUCGCUAUACCCCAAGUAGGGGCAUGUCUAGUAAACAGUGAGCAGCCUGUGGCUGCUCACUGUUAACCCCCCCCCAAAAGUGUCGCCUCUCCCAAGCUCCCACCCAUGUCACGCGAGUGGGAGCUUCUAACCUGAAGGGGGGACCUAUUGCCCCCUCCCCACCCCCACCCCUGAACAGCGGGUGGGGUCCCUAACGUAAAAUAAGGGGGGGUGAACCUAUAGUCCUCCCCCCUGGCCCCACCCCUGAGCGGUGGAUGGUGACCCUAAAUUAGAAUAAGGGGGUCCUAUUGUCCUUCCCCUGGCCUCCACCCCUGAGCGGUGGGUAGGGGCCCUAAAUUAGAAUAAAGGGGGGAACCUAUUGUCCUGACCCCACCCCUGAGCGGUGGGUGGAGGCCCUAAAUAAAAAUGUAAACCCCCCCAGGUGACUAGGGGUCCUUAAACCCCUAGUCACCCCCCUCCCAACAAAAUUAAUUAACCCCUACCUACCUCCCUCAUCCUAAAAAUAGUGAGGGGGGACCAAUAAAUAGGUACCUGUAAAAAUAUAAAUAAAACUUAUUUGAUGUCUUCUUUUUUCUAAAAUCUUCUUUUUUCAGCCACAAAAAAGGCAAAAUAAAAAUCCAUAAUAACCGUCGUACUUUGAAGACAAAAAUAAAUAAAAACUAGAGCGCAAAAAAAAGGUAAUGAAGGAGGUAGGUAGGGGUUAAUUAAAAAGUGCUUGGUACUGAAGAGGUUAAACGCAGUAUGUGACCAUACUGUGUGACUAAAUCCCUGUAUUUAUUAUCUCAGAUAAAUAAUCAUUUCAUGUAGCCUUAUAUAAUUUGAACCUUGUUUUUUGAGGGGGGUGGGGGGGUGGGCUCUGCUCUCUUAAUCUUACCUGUUCUAUGUAAUCUCCAAUUUGCUUUUUAAUUCAUUACAGUUUAGUUAAUAAACCCUUUAGUGGAGAUGGUUACUUAUAAAUUCACAGUCUUCUUUAUUCUUAUUAAAACUUGAAGGCUAAAAUCCAUUUUUUAAUCAAAAAGUAUAUCACGGAAAAGAUUAUAGAUGCUCUAAGAUUACUUUUAUGUUAAUUAUCACAGCACUUGACCUUGUAUAUUAAUUCUGCCAUUUGGCAGCUUUGGUUUAUUAAAAAAGUUAAUAUUGUUGAUUACCUUGUGUACUGAAUCUUUCUAUGAUACUAUUUUUGCCUUCCACCUAACAUGAACUUGCUUACCUGAUGCUCUACCUCAUGAGUCAAAACUUUAAAACAGUGCUUUUUAUUUUUUAGUACUACCCAACAAACAAAAUAUCCCCAUUGCUCCCAGAACCAGCAAUGCAUUACAGAGCAAUAUGUUGCAAAUUCUUCCCGUGGAGUAUCAUUUCAUUAUAUAUUCUUAAUUACUCAUAUGUUAGGAGACUUUCAUGAAAAAUAUUAAUGAAAAUAGAAUUCAUUCUCAGCAUUCUUUAGAGAGGAAAUCAUUUGAGCAUCAAAACAGUAAAUAAUAACAGUAAUGUUUCAUACAGCUGCAAAACGCUGAACUAAGUUGCGUGAAAAAUAACAUAAUUACACAUAUUGUUCUUUAUUUCAAUUGUGGAUAUUUCUAAAAUUUACAGUUGCAAAAAAAGUAUGUGAACCCUUUGGAAUGAUAUGGAUUUCUGCACAAAUUGGUCAUAAAAUGUGAUCUGAUCAUCAUCUAAGUCACAACAAUAGACAAUAACAGUCUGCUUAAACUAAUAACACACAAAGAAUGAAAUGUUGCCAUGUUUUUAUUGAACACACCAUGUAAACAUUCACAGUGCAGGUGGAAAAAGGUAUGUGAACCCUUGGAUUUAAUAACUGGUUGAACCUCCUUUGGCAGCAAUAACUUCAACCAAACGUUUCCUGUAGUUGCAGAUCAGACGUGCACAACGGUCAGGAGUAAUUCUUGACCAUUCCUCUUCACAGAACUGUUUCAGUUCAGCAAUAUUCUUGGGAUGUCUGGUGUGAAUCGCUUUCUUGAGGUCAUGUCACAGCAUCUCAAUCGGGUUGAGGUCAGGACUCUGACUGGGCUACUUCAGAAGGCGUAUUUUCUUCUGUUUAAGCCAUUCUGUUGUUGAUUUACUUCUAUGCUUUGGGUCAUUGUCCUGUUGCAACACCCAUCUUCUGUUGAGCUUCAUUCCAAAGGGUUCACAUACUUUUUCUUGCAACUGUAUAUUGCUAACAUAAAUGCAAUGGAUUAUAGAUUUAAAGAAAUUGAAAUUUCAAAUAUAUUACAAUGAAAAUUUAAAUUCAAGUACAUUAUAUAAAAUGUUCAUGCUUAGGACAUAAUCUUUUCUUCCUGAUAUGAUGUACAAAAGAGACACUCUUCCCAUAAAAUUAAUAAUCAUUGAAAUGGAUACAUGUUUGAAUAAAGUUGACUACUAGUUAUACUAGACUGGAUUUGAACUCCCUCACUGAGGUCCAGUGAGGAGCUGCAUAGACCAGUCUCUGUACUACUGAUCUUUAUUCAUUUUAUUUGUUUUUAGCUGUGAGGUCCACCCAGCCUCCCUUUACUUACCUCCAUAGGCACCCCAGACUGCAGCCACACUGACAGAGUGGGCAUCCUCAAGAAGCAUGCCAAUAGAUAGGCACUUGUUCUGGUUGGAGAGGGAGCUCUGUGAAACACGGUGCUGUCUGUCAUCUGUAGCGGACCUCUUUGUAUCCCGGUUGGGUACCUCCACCAAGGAUCGCUUCCUAGCUGUAACCAGGGGAAAACCUCAGUGCUUCAGCCCCAGUCUCCAUGGCUUGACUGUGGUCCUCCUGGAGCCUCUCCGUCCUGGAACAGGAUAGGGGACGAGCUCUAUUCCCUCCCAGGCAUUGGACGACACACAGUCCUGGGAGCUGUAGUCCUUACAAGGACUUUCCCAGCUGAAUCCUCCACAAGCUGGAACAAGGUGCUGAGCAGUGAUUAGCCCUUUUCCCUUCCAGUAAUUAGACGACACAUAGCUUUGGGAGUACAACUGAUUUUAAUGAGCCAUGCUUUGUUUCGACUGCAUGUUCAUAACAUUCAUAACAAAUUUACUACAUUUAGUCAACAAGUAGAAAACUUCAAUGCACUUAUAUGUAUAACUUGGCUAAUUUGGUCUAAAAGUUUAAAAUGGAAAUUAAUUUAUAUACUCCCUACCAAAUCUGUGGUUAGCAAGCAAACGUCCAAAGAAAUUCAUAUUAAUGCCUUUAUUAAUUGUAGUUCCACAAAUGUCAUUUAUCUCAUCACUUGCAUUUGUGGCCUACAAUAUAUUGGCAAGACGUACCAACAAUUACGCCGUAGGAUUCUACAACAUGUGAAUUCGGUCACAAAUCCUAAUACUGACACUUCAGUGGCUAGACACGUUAGACUUUUACAUGCAGCCAAUCCAGAAGUACUAAAAUUCCAAGCAAUACAGAAGCUGUCACUCAAUCAUCGUAAAGGUGACUUCAAUAUGACCCUGCUGAGAGCAGAGUCACGCAGGAUCUAUAACUUCAAGACCCUCUUUCCAAAAGGAUUAAAUGAAGCGUUUAAUUAUACCCCGUUUAUUCACUCAUUAAUUUCUGCUGGUCCAUUCCCUCCUUUCUCUCUUAUGGUUUACAUAUUAAUAUCCAAUUGAUUGGUUAGUACAGUUAUUUGAUUAUAAACAUCGAGAAGAGAUGGUGACACAAGUGACGAAUAUUCUAUUAAUUAUCAAUUGUUUUCCACUGAAUCUAUUAUUUACUUCACCCUACUUGUGAACUGAUUGACUAGUCUAUGAGAACAAUAAUAAUUCUAAUAUUCUACAGCUCUUGUCACUGUCAUUCAUUAAUUAUAAAUAUUUAACAGGAGGAGUUACUGUUAUAAUGCCAACCCUAACUUUAUUUAUCUAUGAAUUAACUGUUUAGUCCAUGAGGGACUCUACCUGGGAACCGAUUGACCAGUUUAUAACAACAACAAUAAUUCUAGCAUUCUACAGUUUUUGUCAUAUAUUAAUUAUGAACAUUUAAUGGGGGGCUUUAUGGUUAUAAUGCCAAGCUUAACUUUACUUAGGAAUUAAUUAUUUGGUUCUUAAGGAACUGAUUUUAGUUGGUUUUAUACUCCCAGAAAAAUUUGGAGUGAAUAUAUGUUACCAUUUUACAUUCAUUUCUAUUAUCACCUGCCAAUUCACCUAGAUACUGCGUGAUAUAUUUAACCACUAUCAGACAAUUCUGAGGAGUAUUUGUUAUUGGCAUCAUUCAUCCUUUUCCCUGAACCUUUUAAUUCAAUAUAUCUACUAAACUGUUAAGUGUAUGAGAAAAUAACAAAUAUAAUAAUAAUUUUCUGCACAUUACAUGUUCUGGUAUUUUCUAAAUACACAUUAGUGUCUCUUUCUCUCAUUUUAACAUCUUAAACUUUACAGAUGGAUCAACUGUUCAUUUCAUUGGUCAUCGGUUAUUACUAGAUUUGUGCUAUGGUUCGAUAUUCUCUUAUUGCCACUUGUUACACCAACUGACUGUUUUAACAUCAUGCUUUCAUCAGCAGGAUAUCACCUAAUAAUCUUCACGAGUAAUGGCUACCGGCGAUAUUCAUUAUCUUUUUUCUAGACUCAUAUUGACUUGGAAUGUCAAUGAUUUUGCCAACGUACCCCGUCCAUCACAUUCUACCACUAAGGGUUAACUAAAGAACGAAAGAGUUAACUCCUAUUUGUUGUUUUUUAUAACUCCUCCCCGAUGAGGAUCUAUCCAACGAUAUGAGUUUUCAUUUUGACCAAUCAUAGCCGGAGGCGCCAAAUUUAAACCUCCGUCUCUUAAUACUCUGUUCCCCUUGAAGAGCCAGUUAGUGGUGAAAUGCGCAUCGGGAUAGUUGCAUAUGAGGGUGGCUUAGAUUUGGGGAAGACACUGCAGCACUUCUAUUGAUACGUUUGAUUGCCACCUCAUAUUUUAUUUUAUAUUUUCACUCCUUUUUUUCGUUCCACCAUUUCUUUUUAACGUGUUAUCCAGUUACAGUUAGAGAAGGUGGUGAGCCUUUUUUAAGGGGUUCUCUCGAAGGCACUUUAGCUGCUUUACUUGGCUACCUUAGGGGUACCUACGAAGGCACUAUAGGGAUAUUUCGUUUCACUUAUACUUUACCACUAUUCUGUUACUGUAUUUACAAGUUCCAUACUUUUUUUUACCCUUGAUAUCGUCCUCUUUCUGUACUGGAUGCGAGCCUGGUAGUUACAUUGUAUUGUUUGGUAGCUACAUGAUUCUCGGCUGUUACAUUGCAUUUACAAUAGCUACUAAUGGUGUUAUUCAUAUUAAUACUGUAUCUAAACCCUAAAUGCUUUAUUAAAGACCCUUUUUGGUGCUAAUUACCACUUGCCCCGUUUGGACUACCUUAUUAAUAAUGUUAAUAAAUGUUAAGUUUUAUUGUCCGUACUUUUGUUGAUUAUUCUUUUAGUUUGGGUUGCCUUCUAUUAUGAAACUUAGAGUUAGAGUAUACUACCUCCACUCACCUUUCAUAUACAUUAGUUCAGUUUAUUUUGAAAUUUAAUUUACUGAACAACUCACAUAAGGGUUUCUGCGCUAAACAGUAAAUUCUGGUGAUCAGAAAACUACAUUCCAAAAGUCAGGUUAAAGUAGCUAAACUGUAACUAGAACCAAGUCGGACAAUCUUUUGUUUAAUGAAUAAACUCCAUACCUUUUCCAUAGGAGAGCGUACAUUUUUAAAAUGCGUUAACAUGUUUAAUUGUAAUCCACCAUGUAGAUAUUUAUGAUAAAUAUGGUAUUUAUGAUAAAUAUGGUAACACAUGUACCCUCCAGCUUAUGAAACAAUCCUCUGAUCUCUGAAGUGUGCCAUUCUUUAAUUUCAUCAUUCAACAGUCUGACAUGAAAAAGCUUUGUUCCGACAGUUCAAUUUAAUCACUGCUAUUGGUUCAACAAGAUGAUAAAAUCCCUAGUACCACAUCCAGCUGUUAUCUGAUACUGUUUGAAACGUCUCUCAUGAAUGCAUGCUGAUAUCUCAAGAACUCCAAACAUACCAUACACAAUAUAUUAAAACCCAAGUAUGAAUUCCAUUAGUGCAAGCAAUGAGCGGUGCUUAGCCUUUAUAUGCAAGCCAAUGUAAUAAAAUGUAAUUUGGACUAAUCUGCUCAAAGGAGUCUCUCUGUUUGAAGAUGACAGUCUCCUGUCACUUGGAAAACUAAUUGCUUGUUGGAUAUUUUGCAGACCCUGCCGAAUCAACAGGUCUGCCCUCGAUGCUCUUUUCCAGGUGUGUCUCACAAUUCACCCUUUUGUUUGAACACAAAGAUGCCAGAAGAACAAAUAUUAAAACACAAAGUGGGCAUUUUAAUGAACAUUGCUGAUCCUAAGUGGAAUUUAAGUUAACCUAAUACAUUUGGGAGGUGGAGAACAUGGAGUAGACAUGAGGGCACAUUAGCUGGAAUAAGGAUUUUGCCUUGUAAUCACAUUUCGGAGAUAAAGCCAAUAUGCAAGAGAUACAGUAAAUGCCAUAUAUACUGACAUAUUCUAAACAUUCUUGUACAGACAUAAAGAUAAGUAUCUACAGGUCAAUAAAAAACAACAACUAAAUAAUAUUACUAUAAAGGAUUAUCUCAGUUCUUUGUUGCAUGUGUUAUUUAAUAAUUUCUAAAAACAUAAAUUUGGGGGUAGUUACCUUUACUAUCAUACAGAACAAGGCAGUACAUUCAUUCUGCUUAUGCUGUUUAAAAUAUAUUAGAUUUAUAGAUGUACAUUAAAUUGGAACUAUCACCUUUGAAUAAAACACUGAAAAUCACCCAUAGCUUGUCUUAACCAUUUUCUCAUGAGAUGCUCCAUUUUCCGUUGAAUGCAUAUUAAAGAAUUAGCAAAUGUCAUCUUAAACCAGUUCAAAAAAGGCAAAACCAGUGCAAACAUUGCAAUUGAGGGAGAACAAUACAACAAUGUUUCAUGUAUCUGCUUCUCUGUAUGCUUUCUCUAUGUGGACAGCCAGAUGCAAAGAACAGAGUUUAUAGCUAUUACUGAUAGAGAACUAAGAAGCACAGGAGUUGAUGAAAAAGUCACAGUUUUCCUGACAUCUAUAGGCCCAUUAAGGGACCUUUUCUCACCAGACAAACCUAAAGGACAACCUUUUGGCUGACCUAAUCUCUGUUAUCUGGCCACUACCACCCUAAACCACUAGAUAUAACUGAAAGGCACGCAAACUGCAGAAUGAGAACAUCAUAGCUUAUGUCAUAAUUUAAAAAAAACUAGCAAGUAACUGGAAAUUUGGAGGUUAUUUAUACACUGCCUUGUUUGUGACUAACAGGGGAUUAUUUGAAGACGUUACUCCAACCGUUUUAAAAGCAUUUUUUAUCUUAAUACCCUAUCAGGCAUUAUUCCUUUGCUUCCCCUCCCCCUUCCUGAUUGUUACAAAAUAGAUUAAAAUUAAGUUUUUUAUGUUUUUUUUUCCCUCUGGAUUUGGGUAGAUUGGCAAUGGGAAGGAUUAAGAAGGUACAAGACAUCUGGGAUUGACCUCAGGGAAACCCUCCUACAGAUGAGACAAGGUUAUGUGAUUGAGCCACUCCUUUAUAAGCAGAGCACACCUGUCAGUCUUUGUUGCCUGCCACAGAACUCCUUGUAUUUGUUUCCCUGUGUUUCCUGCCCUUGUUGGUUUCCUGACUUUGUCUGCUCUCUGAAUUUUGCCUGCCCUAACCUCUGGAGUGACUGACUCUUAUUUCUUUCUGACCCUUCUUCGGAUACCUUUGCCUUGGAUUGUUUCUGUUAUUUUUAUUAAAGCCCCCAUGCCAUCAUUGACCCGACAGAAUCCUGUUCACAACUUCAGGAUCUUCGUGGAUUGUGGUUGUAAGGGAGAGCUGCUACUGCACCUGAGUUCCAGGACUGAACAGAUCUUAGUGGGUUGCUACACUUGAAAAGACAAUUCCAGAACUACAAGCAAAGGUUCAUAUAUAUGGCAAAUCUUUCCUCAAAUCCUGGACUGUUAGGUGUGCCUUGAGGAGAGGGUUGAGGAACACUGCUAUACACCCUGUUCCAAAUUAUUAUGCAAAUGAUUUUUUUCUCAUUUGCCUAAAUAAUUGAUGUAAAUAACAGUCAGCAUAAUUCUCAUGUUAUCAACUAUUAAGAGUGUAGCGGAGAGCUGGUCUUUCACAGGUUAACUCCACGAAAGAUCCCAGUGAGGCUCAGGAACAAGUAAUAAAAUCCCAUAUAAUAAUAAGUACAGCAAGCAAGGUAAUCCACAAAUAUCCCCAUACAGAUCCCAAUGACUGGACGACACACAGCAUCAAGAGCAGAACUGACCUUUUAAUCACUCAACCUUCUUUUAAAGCUUUCUCCCAUGCAAGGGAGGGAUUCACAGUAAUUAUUACAGUAGCCAAUAGUAUAACAGUUACCUCCCACACAUCUCCUCCCCUCAGUGUGACACAUAAUCCAAUUAAACAUACUGUAGUUUUCCCAGAGUUCUGGAUGUACCCCAAAACAAGCAGCUAGAAUAAUAUUUUGGGUACUCCUUGUAGCCCAGAUCUGGGUGACUAACAUAUUCAAAAUUCACCCAGAUCGGACCAGGGGUUCGGGAGUUAGGUGGAAGGUGAAAUUUGACUGACCGCACACGAGGUGGUAUCCGAAAAAGGCUCUAUGUGUUUUGGCCCUGAGGUCGGUCUCCGUUCGGUAGUUAAAACAUACAAUAAUCCUUGCCAUCCACAGACAAUCUGCCAUUCGUCUGUAUUCCCUUGUUCGGUACAUUUAUUUUACCGAACGAGGGGUUGACUGGCACCUCUGUUCGGGAGCUAUGGAGCUCUGGAGGUCUCAGCGGUGUUCGGGUGUUUGAGUGUCCGAUUUGAGUUCCAGACACUUGACGACCAAACACCACUGAGAUUUUCUUGCGUAAGAUGGCUGCCCCACGCGGUUCGUAUGCCGAACGGCCACCACACAGGUACAUACAAUAUAUCAAUUUCACGGUCCAUUAAGCUGCGGUUGCAGAGUGUGAAAGCUUAACAAGGUGCACACUUCUCACUGAGGUGAUCUGAUGGUUCGGUAGUUUCAUUCGUAUGAAAACUACCGAACAAUCAUACGAAAGCUACAUACACUUAAAGCUAUACAGGGAAACAAUUACACGAAUACAUUUUUAAUACGAAUUCUUGAGCACAGCCUUAAUGCAAUCCGCUACAAAGAGUACAAUUCAAAUUUUAUUGAACAAACCUCCUAAUGAUAACAGUAUUUUUUUUAAACAUAAAAAACUUACAAUGCGCUGUUCCAAAUUAUUACGCAAAGUAAGUUUCAAAACACUUUAUAGGUUGUAAAGAACUGAAAAUUGUCAUUUGUUGUGUUUGCAGCAUAUUUACUGAAAUCAAAAGCUAUUUCAAUCAAACUUAUAACAACAUUUUAACUUUUAAACAUUUUAACAGGUCACGUUACAUUUUAACAUAGGACCCCUUAUUUGAUAGCAGCUUCACAAGUCUUGCAGCCAUUGAACUUGUGGGUUUUUGGACGGUUUCUGCUUGAAUUUGUUUGCAAGAUGUCAGAAUAGCCUCCCAGAGCUGCUGUUUGGAUGUAAACUGCCUCCCACCCUCAUAGAUCUUUUGCUUGAGAAUGCUCCAAAGGUUAUCAAUAGGAUUGAGGUCAGAGGAGGAUGGAGGCUACACCAUGACUUUCUCUCCUUUUAUCCCGUAGCAGCCAUUGAUGCAGAGGUAUUCUUUGCAGCAUGAGAUGGUGCAUUGUUAUGCAUGAAGAUGAUUUUACUAUGGAAAGCAUAGUUCCUUCUGUACCAGGGAAGAAAGUGGUUAGUCAGAAACUCCACAUACUUUGCAGAGGUCAUCUUUACACCUUCAGGGACCCUAAAGGGGCCGACCAGAUCUCUUCCCAUAAUUCCGGCCCAAAACAUUACUCCACCACCGCCUUGCUGACGUCGAAGUCUUGUUGGAACAGGGUGGCCGUCCAGCAACCAUCCACUACUCCAUCCAUCUGGACCAUCCAGGGUUGCACGGUACUCAUCAGUGAACAGGAUUGUUUGAAAAUUAGUCUUCAUGUAUUUUUCUGCUCAGUGCAGCCGUUUCUGCUUGUGAUCAUUGGUUAGUGGUGGCCGAAUAGAAGGUUUAUGCACAGUUGCAAGACACAGUUGCAAGCUUCAAAUAUCUGUUUGCUGCUAUGUAAUGGUAAUUUAGCAGCUGCUUUCUUGAUCUGAUGCAUGGAUCUGGCAGAAAUUUUCCUCAAUGUGCCUUUAUCUGCACGAACCCGUCUGUGCUCUGAAUCAGUCACAAAUCUCUUAAUAGUGUGAUGAUCACGCUUAAGUUUUUGUGAAAUAUCUAAUGUUUUCAUACCUCGUCCAAGGCAUUGAACUAUUUCACUCUUUUUGGCAGCAGGGAGAUCCUUUUUCCUCCCCAUAUUGCAUGAAAAUGGUGCUCUGCUUAAUAAUGUGGAACACCCUCCUUUAGUAGUUUUUCCUUAAAUUGGGCUCACCUGGCAAUCUAAUUAUCACAGAUGUCCGAGAUUGUUUUCAGUGAUCUAAAGAGCCCUGAGACACAAUGCCAUCCAUGAGUUAAACUGAAAAACAAAAUAUUUAAUCUUUGUGACACUUAAAUAGAAUUUGCAUAAUAAUUUGGAACAGGGUGUAGAGCAUAGAGAGGACCGACAAAUGUUACCCGCAACAAUAAGUCCUUCAACACACCCAGACCAGGAAAAAGUGACCAUUACCAAUGUUCUAUCCUCAUUAAUCCCACAUUUCUUCCCAUCUGACCUCCACAUUUCUUUCCAUGUUAGGCUAAAAUGCUUUUCUCUCCCCUAUGUUUUUUCCAGCUUAUCCUCACAUUUUUUCAUUAUCUCACCAUACCACAUUUGUUUCCAUCAUGCUAGCUUUUGUCUCUCUUUAUCCUCCUGAUGCUGCAUACCUGACAAUGAAACAAUUAUUCUGCUCAUAGCUUUAAUCGAAUUUAUCUCUAAUUCUAACAUACCUCCUUAUUCUAACUUUUCAAGCUAUCCCUAGCCCUAACUCUCAGCUUAAUAGAUCCAUAACAUAAAAUAAGCUAACACCAACCUUAACUGUGUCAUUGCUAUUUGAACUUACAACAUUAAUUUUCUGUACCGAAGCUAACCCUAACACCAUUACUAAAGUUAUCUAACUCUAACCCUAACACUGUCUUUUUUAUUGUCGAACAUAGUACCUAUUGUAGCGGACUGAGUUUUGCUACUAUCCACCUUUCCUAUUUUUGUGGCUGUCCAUAACCUUAUUUGUUGCAUUAUCUUAUAUUAUUUGCCACUGUUCGUUACUUAUAGGAAACAAGUAACAAGCUGUCUUUUAUAUCAUUCGUCUGGUUGUUCGGUAAGAAUCCUAUUGCAACUAUAUUAAGCCAUAUUGUUCGACAAAUGAACAAACUACCGAACAACCAGGCCACCCCGGAGAGGAGCGUGGCACUUAUUGGCUCCCCCUAUCGUUAUUCACACUACCUUCAUUUCUAACCACACAAACUAACUGGGUAUCCCCUAGGUGGCCGCCAUUCGGCAUACGAACACGUGGUGGCGGCCAUCUUUACUAAUGCACCAGCGGUGUUUGGUCGUUGAGUGUCUGGAACCCAAAUCGGAUACUCGACAGCACGAACACCACAGAGACUUCCAUACUCACACCAGUUCGAGGGAAAUCAAGAGAACAGAGCGGCGUUCGGUGAAAAGAGUCAUACGAAUGAGGGGACUCAUACACACAAAGACACAACCCAUUAUGUUAGACAUUUUCGUGCUUUUCAACCUCACGAAUGGAGACCGACCGCAAGGCCAAAACACAUGGAACUAUCUUCAGCUUACACCUCGUGUGAGGUUGGUAAAACUAAGACCUCCAUAAAGCUUUCAAACCCCUGGACCGAUCUGGGUGAUUUUUCAGUAUGUUGCUCCUCCAGAUCGGGGCUAUCAGGGGAUAUGUAAAUUAUGGGUGUAUGUUAUUGUUUUGGGGUUCUUCCAAGAAUUGAGGAAAUUUUUUUUUAUAACUUAUAGGUAAUUAAGUUAUCUCUCAGGCUGAGGGGAGGGAAUAUGUGUACUGUUUCACUGGCUGAUGCCUAAUUCUCUGUGGGUGUCUCCCUUGCAUGGAAGAAUUGUAUAAAAGCUGAGUGUGUGGAUUAAAAGACCAGUUCUGCUCCUAAUACUGAGUGUCGUCCAGUUAUUGGGAAGAGUGAUAGUAUAUUCGUAUAACCUCUUGUAUUUUCUGCCUGCUCUCCUGAAGUAACCUGCAUGUUCCUGAGUAGCUGUUGGAGUGACCAGCGGAGAAUAAGCCCUGCUACCAUUGCUCUCCGCUACACCUAUCAUUAGUUAACCUUAGCAAUAACAUCAACUUUAUGGUUACCUAGCUCUAACACUAGGCAUAACUAACUAUGGUUAUAGCUAGCAAGAGUAUGGUGGAGGGGUGGGAGGGAUGUCACAAUCAGAGCACCAGCAUCGUUCUUCCCUCUUCAGUGUGUGCACUCACAUAGCUAUGGGGCCGUCCACUAUCUGAAUACUCUCCCAAUUCUGCUAACAGACACAGCAAGAAAAAUUACUGUGGGUUAAAGGUAGAGUGAUGUUGGUGAUCCAUGGGCAAUCAGAACAUUGACACACGUUAUUGGCAGCUCAAGGAUGGCACAUAGUGGAUGGUGGUGAGAUGACCAUCAUCUGUUUUCUUGUGUCCCUGGCACUGCCAUAAGUGGCAGGUGAGAAUGGGUCUUACUGACCAUUCUUUACAAAACAAAAAGAGAUGAAAAGAUGUCCUCGGCCUUACCUGAUACAAAAACCCAGGGAUUUCCACAUUUUCAAACAUGCAUUAUAGCGAAGCACAAAGAUUUAACAAAGCAAAUUGCACAUUAUGAAAGCAUUUAUAAUUUUGUAAAAACAGAGUGGCAAGCAGCAAGCAGCCUGUUAGGGACACAAACAAAUGUGUAUCAAUACCGUUAAUUUGAACUAAUUACAAUAUCUUCGCAUAUACUAAUGGAAAUAUAAAUUCUCAAUAGCUGGCAUUUUUCAGUCAACAAGAGAAUAUCACUUGAAGCUGAUUAUAAAGUUUAUGUAAGACAGAUUGUAUGCAACAUAACUGUGACAUUCCCAAGUGAAAACUAAACUGCCACUUUGCUCGGUGCAAAAUAAUUAGAAAAAAAGUCCAAUGUAACAGCUGGGGAACACAACAGCAAAUGAUAACCUUCACUAAAAUGUCAGUCAUGUUUAUUUAACAAAAAAAUGAAAAGAAUUCCGACUUCUUGUAUAAUUUGAAAAUAUGUUUUGCCACGGAUUCUAGUAUGUUUAAAAGACAAUACCAACAGGAGCGUUCACAGAAUAUGGGAACAAACUAUGGGAACAAACAAUGUGGUAAGUAAAAGGAAUGGAGUGUUUCUUUAACAAGGGGACUGUCACUUCCAAUAGGUCUGAGCUGGGGGGGAGGAUGUGUGACCAAAAGCAAGGAAUUGUGCUAGAGGGAAUCUAUAUAUCUCCCCAGAUUUUGCAAGGUUCCUGCUUUGUGUAAUUAGCCCCAGGGAAAUGUGUUAUGUUAAAAUGAAUAUUGCACUUUAAAUAUGUGUAUAUUUGGGCCCUGGGGUGGAGCAUUUGGAGAGUAGGGUGGGCCAGUGCUCCACUCCACAUUUUGGAAGUUGCUUGGAACCUACAGGUGAGAAGUCCAGUUCCAGAGUUUCAAUCCUAAUUUAACUCACCUGAAAAGAAUUGUCAAUUACAGGUGCUAUUAACCCCUUAAGACCGGAGGGCGUACAAUUACGCCCUAUUUUAGGCGGCUCUAAAUGCCGCCGGGCGUAAUUGUACGCCCUCCGGUCUUUCUUUACUUACCCGGUCGCCGGCGGUCCCACGCCAGCGAUCGCGGUGGGGGGGGACUCCCAGGGAGCCCCCCCGCUGUAGAUCCUCCGGUACCCCCGGCAAUGUGAGAGUGAGUUCCUUACGAGGACCCCACAAUCACAUGGCUGGAGGUAGCUGCCUCCUGCAUUGCCAGCAGGGGGGCUGCCUGUAAUGACAGGUGGUCCCCUUGCUGGCUGAAAAUAAAAUUAAAAUAAAUGAAUUAAAAAGUAAAGUGUAAAAAAAUUAUAUAUACUUAGAUCAUAUAUAUAUAUAUAUAUAUAUAUAUAUAUAUAUAUAUAUAUAUAGAUCAUAUAUAUAUAUAUAUAUAUCAUACAUAUGAUCUAAGUAUAUAUAUAUACACAUAUACAUACACACAUACACUGUCUAGGUGUAUUUUACUAUUAAUAUAUAUAUAAUUAUAUAUAUAUAUAUUAAUAUCAAAUUACACGUAGACUGAUACUGAUUAAAUAUAUAUAUAUAAUUAUUGUUAUAUAUAUAUUUAUAUAUAAUAUAAAAAAUUUUCAUAUGUAAAUACGUUAAAAAAUAAAAUUAAAGGUCGCAAACAGCUAGCAAUAAAUUUCUAAAGUGGGCACCCAUAGGGGCGCUACACUCUAUAUCUCCAUGGCUAUCGCUCGCAAAAUGGUCAGAGAAGGGAAUCACCCAUAUCGACACUCUGUGUUCACAAGGGGAAGUGAUACCGUUCCCAGAAUUACAAGUAGCACACGACCUCCCACCAUCCUUCAUCUUUCCAUACAUGCAACUUAAGAGCAUAAUCAAAGAGAGAGUCCUGCUCACACCACAACUGGCAGAUUACUCUAGUAAAGAGAGAUUGGCGCUGUAUGAUAGGUGCCGUAUGGCCCCAGUCAGGGCCCGCUCACUUUCUCUCAGUUAUGCAGCCCUAAGACACAAUACCACGAUGCCUGACUUCUCCUUUAUAGCACAGUGGAAUAGGGAACAAACCACACGCUUUACUAAAGAUCAGUGGUUGAGAUCAAUAUUAGCGCUAAAAGGUAUUACAUCCUGCUAUUCACAUGUAGAAGCACACAAAAAACUGAUUUACAGAUAUUAUCUCACACCGGACAAACUUAAUAAAAUCUAUCCACUAUCCUCAGCGAAAUGUUGGAGGUGCGAACAGAGCAGAGGUACAAUGAGUCACAUAUGGUGGCACUGCCCGAACAUCCACCCGUUAUGGACGGAGGUCCAGACGAUUUGUAAUUCCUUAGGGAUUCUUAGGGGUAAGAUCACACCUGAGAUAGGUCUGUUUCUUCUGCUACCUACGACCACCCCAUUCCAGGACAAACAACUAAUAAUUCUGGUAGUCAUGGCAGCGCGUAACCUCCUAGCAUAUUAUUGGAAGCGGAAAUAAAGCCCACCCUCACAGAUACUACAUAGUAAAAUCCGACAAUACCUUAGGCAUGAGCAAUUAUCCACAGCUACGACUAAACAUGGGAAGGCCACGCAAAAUAACUGGCAAAAGUGGAUAACCUAUUACCCAACGCUAGCACCAUAACUAAAAUCUUAACCUAGAGUCUGCAUCUCGCACAUACACUGGUAAUCCACACAGAAAGAGGAAGCGAUAUAGAAAGCCCCACAAUACUAAGGGGCAGCACAAGUAGGUAAGACGAAAUGCCCAAACUUAGGCGGAAGCAGCCCCACGAGCUAAUAAUCAGUAUUACUCCCUAACCGGAGCCUUUCCUCGAUAGUAUACUCGCCUGUGCCCCUGUACCGUCAGGAUCGGAAGGUACUAUAUUGUAUUUGUCUUGUAAUGUAUUAUAUUUGAUGGGUAUUAUAUUAUGUUUGAUAUGUAAAUAACCUAACAUUAACUACAAGAUCAAGCCAUGCCAGUUAGGAAUUAUGUUGUCACUGUAAAUUGAAAUGCGCCAAUGUAUGGGUAUGUUUACGGUGUGUACCUGUCCCUUACCUUUUCCCCAACUACCCUUCUUCCUUUCUGUACCCCAACUUGUCUGAAAAAUUCAAUAAAAGUACAAAUUGAAAAAAAUAAAAAAAAAUAAAAAAAAUAAAAAAAUAAUUAAAAAAUAUAUAGAUGUGUGUUAUUUCGUUCUAACUGUAUUGUGACAUUAAUAUAUAUAUAUUUAUAUCAAAAUACACGUAGAAUGAAAUAAUAUAUAUAUCUACAUACAUAAAUAUAUACGUAUAUACCACUAUAUAUAAACCUAUAUAUAAAUAAAAAUAUUUUUUAAAAAUUAUAUAUAUAUAUACACAUAUAGAUUCACAUACGUAUAUAUAUACAUAUAUUAAUUCUACAUAUAUAUUUAUGUAAUAUUUUUACAUAAUUAGGUAUCUUAAUUAAUUACAAUUAGCGGGACCUGCCUGACCACCCAUGCCAAAAGUAAAGGGAAUUUAAUUUGCUAGCUAUAUUUAACCCUAUAACUUUCCAAGACACCAUAAAACCUGUACAUGGGGGGUACUGUUCUACUCGGGAGACUUCGCUGAACACAAAUAUUAGUGUUUCAAAACAGUAAAAUGUAUUACAACGAUGAUAUCGCCAGUAAAAGUGAUGUUUUUUGCAUUUUUCACGCACAAACAGCAUUACACGGACGAUAUUAUUGCUAUGAUACUUUUUACUGUUUUGAAACACAAAUAUUUGUGUUCAGCGAAGUCUCCCGAGUACAACAGUACCCCUCAUGUACAGGUUUUAUGGUGUUUUCAAAAGUUACAGCGUCAAAUAUAAGGCUUGCGUUUCAUUUUUUUCACAUUAAAAUUCGCCAGAUUGGUUACGGUGCCUUUGAGACCCUAUGGUAGCCCAAGAAUGAAAAUUACCCCUAUGAUGGCAUACCAUUUGCAAUAGUAGACAACCCAAGGUAUUGCAAACGGGGUAUGUCCAGUCUUUUUUAGUAGCCACUUAGUCACAAACACUGGCCAAAAUUGGCGUUUUUUGCAUUUUUCACACAAACAAAUACUAACGCUAACUUUGGCCAGUGUUUGUGACCAAAUGGCAACUAAAAAAGACUGGACAUACCCCAUUUGCAAUACCUUGAGUUGUCUACUAUUGCAAAUGGUAUGCCAUUAUGGGUGUAAAUUUAAUUCCUGGGCUUCUAUAAAGUCCCAAAGGCAACAUAACCAAUCUGGCGAAUUUCAAUUUCAAAUGUAACAUGCUAUAUUUGACCCUGUAACUUCCCCAAAUGCUAUAAAAUCUGUACAUAGGGGGUACUGUCUUACAUGUGAGACUUUGCUGAAUACAAAUAUGUGUAUUUUAUUGCAGUAAAAGCAAACAGUAUUAUGACAUUGACAGUUAAAAUGUCAGGUAGAACAAAAUUUUUUUUUAAAAAUCUUAUUUUCUCCCAUUUUUUUUCAUAUUAAAUUAUGUUUAUUAAAUGAAAGCCCUGUUUCCCCUGAAUAAAAGGAUAUAUAAUAAGGGUGGGUGCAUUUAAUAUGAAAGAGUUGAAUUACGGUUGGACAGACAUGUAGCGCAAAUGCCAGGUUUUGUUUACAUUUUGUUUCGUUUACAACGUGUACAUUUGGCUCCGUCCUUAAGGGGUUAAGUACUCCCCUGCCAAAGGAGGAGGGAGAUUGUGUUUGAGUUCUGUGAGUGGAAACAGAGAGCUGAAAACCCUGAAACAGUAAGGUUGUUGUUUAUGUUGGGAAAUGGACAAGCCAUACAAGCCAGUUAGCUAAAUAUUUUGUUUAGUUAGUGCUCAGAAGAGCAAGGAUUUUGUUUUAUAUAUUUUGUUACAACCUUUUAUACCUUACUGUGCAUUUAUUUUGGAACCACAAUGAAAAGAGCAAGUCCUUUUACCUCAUCCAGCGUGUGAAGUGUCUCUAAAGCCUGAAAAGACUGUGUGUAACACCCCAAUCCCAGGACAAGGUACCAAGGGAAAGGAGUACUUUUGUCACACUAUCUACUACAAAAAAUAUACACAGUGGAGAGCUAUAUUAGUGCAAUUAAUCAAAAUACCAAAAUGUGAUAGUGAUAUCACCUCUAGCAAAAAGCACUUAUCUUAUACUUUUAUUUCUUUACAAUCCUGUAUAUGUUUAUUUAUUUCGCUGAUGUGGCUUCUUCAGCCUGGCAAAAUAAAGUAGUUUGACAUCUUUCCUAUAUUUGUGCACCUUUCAUCAUUGGAAAAACACUUUCGCCUGUGUUUGCAAGCAUUUCUCCCAUGAUUACCAGAAGAAUGCUACGUUCCACGCCUCUUUCUCGGUUUACUUCCUUUGGCAACGUCAGAUCUGGUCUUAUAUGAGUUGCGUCACUUCCAGUAUACUCGACCUUCAUCACAAAGUUCCCUCCGCCUUCUGCAUGCAUUCCAACAUCUGUCUUUGCGUUGCAGUUAUAGCAGAAGUAGUGUUUUUUUUUUUUUGUUUCACUUUAGUGUUAUUAAUAUAAAUCGUUCUUAUCAGUUUCUUAAAGUUCAUAUAUAUAACAGGCGGAAAACAAAUGUAAGGAAAGUAUAUUUUUCCCAUAUUUAUAAGGGCUAAAAAGUAACUUAAGUUAAAGUAAAAUGUGAAUGUAUAAAAUUUUAUCCCAAUAAUAAAACUUAUUCCAAAUAAAAAUAAAAAUAGAUAAGAUUAAUAAACAAAGCUAAUAAACAGUGUAGAAGAUCUAUAUACAAUUUAUUUUUACAUAAUAACUAGGAGAAAACUAUAUACUUAAUAUUCUGCACUUAUUUUAAUUCUCCUUAGUUAUAAAAGAAAAGUUGACAAAAGGAAAAAUACCUAUAUGGAUGUAGAGACAGAAUUUGCCAACUGGAUGGAAAAACAGAAUAGACAAUUACAGAAAGUACAAACAAAUGUGUAAAAAUUUAGAAAAAUGUUUAAAUAAAGAACUAAAGAUAAAUGGGAAAUAGCCACUUUAGAAAAAUAUUUAAAAGAAAAAAAUAAUGCUGAAAGGUUUAUGCUAUGUUAAAGGCCUACUUUUGAUGAGGAAACAACAGAUUUUAUGGAGGAAUGGCAAAUGAUGUAAAAAGGAUUCUCUUUCACUACCAUGACCCUCAGCAUCGAAAACCUUAGAGAAUUAGACAUUGAAUUUACCAAAUGUCAAGAAGAAAUGUUGAACAAUUUAAAUCAAGAGGAAUUUGAUGAUGCUACUCAUGGAAUCAAAAAGAAUUGUGAUACAUUUGAAAUGAGAUAGAGAACAAACAAAAUCAAGAUUUAAGUCCAAGAUCUUCAGUAAGGGAAGUACGAGAAAAGAACAAUAUAUACAACAAAAAAAAAAAAAAAGGAAAGACAUUCACUCAAUAUCACUCUAAAUGGAUAUUUAAUUUAAGUGGAAAAUUUUUGAAGGCCUUUAACUUUGCACCAAGUAAACAUUUAACCCAUUUUCAAAUGUAUGUAGAUCUAUAUAAAUUUAAAAGAACCUUAAAAGAGAAAUGUGCUCUAAAAGAAGAAAAUAAGAUGUCAAUUUAAUUAUAAAACCAGUUGAUAGGGACCAAAAAAUUCAGUUUGGUUCGGCACUUCUGAAAUUCGGGACUUUGGCAAUUUGGGACUUUGGUUUGGCUCGGCACUUCCGAAAUUCGAGACUUCGGCAAUUUGGCACUUCGUUUUGGUUCGGCACUUCCGAAAUUCAGGACAUCAUCAAUUUGGGACUUCGGCCCUUCGGCAAUUCGGGACUUCAACAAUUCCCUAACCCUACCCCUACUGCUAACCCUACCCAACUCCUCUAACCAUAACCCUUACCCUACCCCUAACCCUAACCUACAACCACUUAAACAUCUAGGGUUAGGGUUAGUGGUAGAGUUAGGGGUAGGGUUAAUGGUAGGGUAGGGUUAGAUUCCUGUCAUCAUUCAUGUAAUUUUUUUCUCCCUCUCUUGUUUUGCCAAUUCGGCACUUCCGAAAUUCGGCACUUCGGCAAUUCGGUUCGGUUCGGCACUUCAGAAAUUUGGCAAAUCGGCACUCCGGCAAUUCGGCUCGAUACCUCCAAAAUUUGGCACUUUGGCACUUCAGAAUUUAGGCAAUUUGGACAUUCUGAAUGUCCGAAUUGCUGAAAUUCGUCCAAAUUUACAGUCGGAACGAAAUGAAUUGCACAUGUCUACCAGUGGCUAAAGGAGGAGGAAUAGUUUUAAUGUCCAAAGAAAACUAUGAUAAAGAAGUGGAUAGAAUUUUAAAUGAUAGUAAGAAAUGCAAAAAUCUUUUUUAGAAUUUUAAAAUAAAGCCUUAUUAAAAGAAAUUAAAAAAAAUUUAUCUGAAUGUAAAAAAAGUACAUGAUAAUCUGAAUGUAAAAAUAAAUCCCCAAAUUCCAGUAUUUUAUUUUCUCCCAAAAUACACAAAUAUAUCAAUAAUCCACCAGGGAGACCGAUUAUAGCAGGGACAGAUGCAAUAUCUAGUAGAGUAUCAGAAUAUCUUGAUAUCCAUCUACAACCUCAAGUUCAGAAAACUACUUCUUAUAUUAGAGAUACUACUGCUAGUUUACAAAUUUUAGAUGACUGUAAAUGCAUGAAGAUUAUAAUUUAGUAAUUUGUGACAUGAAAGCACUAUAUAGCAAUAUACCUCACAUGAGAGGUUGUGAAGCCAUCAAUAGAUUUUUAUAAGAUUAAUCUGAAUUUUUAACUCCCCAGAUUUACUUUUUUAAUGGAAGAUAUAGAAAUUAUAUUAAAUAAUUACUUUUUUUGUUUAACAGCAAUUAUUUUAUACAAAUUAUAGGAAUUGCCAUGGGGACUAAGUUUGCAUACACCUAUGCCAAUUUAUUUAUCACCCAUUAGGAAUCAUCCAUCAUGUAUGGUCAACCUACCUGAGUGCAAAACCUUGUUACCUAUGGCCGUUACGCAGAUUAUAUUUUUUUAUAUGGAGAGAUGAGGAAGAAGAUCUUAAUUGUUUCCUUUCCUUUCUAGAUUAUAAUACAUGGGGGAUUGAACUAAAUAGUGUUUGGAACCAAAAAUAAGUAGUGUUUUUUAGAUCUUACUAUUUUUAUAGAUGAAAACUAAAAACUAUUUUAAACCAGCGGAUGCAAUAGUUUUAUAGAAAGAGAGAAAUAACCCUUGCACCUAAGGGUUAUUUCUUAAGAAUCAGGAGGACUUGGACAUAUAGGGAAACUUUUUAGGAACACAUUUUAAAAAUAAACCAGGCGAAUUUUGAGAGGCUAUGGUGACAGUAUGAUCAUCUAGAACCGACAUCAAGAAGAAACCAUAGAAAAUAAUUACUCAAAUAUAAACCUAUAAAGACGAAUAUAAGAUGGAAGCAGUUCCUUUUAUUUGUAGUUAUAGCACUCAUAAUAACGUUAGGAAUAUAAUUCGAAUUUGACUCCAUUACUAUUAAGGAAUUUUUUACAUGCUAUUAUAAAUAAACAUGAUUUAUUUAAUGCAAUGUUCAUGUGAGUAGCAUUACAUAGGAAGAACAAUAAGGGCCCUACAUAUCCUCAUCUGGGAUAUGAUAUGAUAUGAUAGGUUUUGAAAACCAUAGUGUAUCCUCACAAUAUAAAUAUGAUCACAAUAAGGAUCCAAAAGGUUUAAAAUGUAUUAACCUUGUUUAUUAAUCUAUACAUUAUCAUUUUUAUCUGUAAUAAAUUCUGUUUUAUUAUUGGGAUUAUUUGAUAAAUUUACAUUUUAUUUUAGCUUAAUUUACUAUCUAUGCCCUUAGAAUUAUGAUAUAGGUAUGUAUAUAAUAAUAUACCUUACUCACAUUAUUUUACAUCUGCUUUAUAUAUAUGGACUCUAAGAAAUUAAUGUAAAAGAUGAUUUAUAUUACUAACACUAAAGUAUAAUGAAAAACCUCCCUUCCGCUAUAAGUGGAAUGCAGAGACAUGCUUGAAUGCACAUGAAAGGCAGAGACGACUUUGAGAUGUAGAUCGAGUAUACUGGAUGUGAUGCGAUGCAUGUAAAACCAGAUGCAAUGUUAUGAAAAUAAUUUAAGAAAGAGGCUUGGAACACAGCAGUCUCCCUGUAAUGUGACCCUGGUUUAGGUAUGAGAUCAGCCUAUGCCUUGCAGUGACUGAAUGUAGACCCACCACAGGAGUCCCAGAUGGAAACCUGAUAGCUCACUCAAGUGGUAGUUUGUGGCAAUCAGGUAAGUUCUGUGAGAUUAGCAGGUGUUCCCUUAGUGGUCCCAAGUUCCAGCGUGCGAUGCCGGCUUCACCAUGGGUCUCGAUCUACUUUUGUGUGCCAUUCAGGCCCCGGUAUGAUACUGACUGCUCUCCUUUCGCCCAGUGACAGUCUGCAGAUUCGUAGCAGUUAUCAGAUCCCUUGGUAAAGUGGGUCAUAGGUGUGCUUUCAGCCUUGCCGAAAGGACUCAAAUAGCCCAUCCUGAUGGUGCAGGGCAUCUGAGAUACCUCUGUAUUGGCCGUGGGUGCACAUGGCACCCACCAUCUUAAAUACGUUUGAGUGCCUGUUGCUUGUAUCGUGGGUAUGCUGCGUGCCUCAGAGUAACAAGGAAGCCUACUGAAAGAAGACCAGGAUCAACCCCACCGGUUCAACAGGGGGAGGGGAACGGGGCAUUAAUCGGCAGUGCAGGUCCAGUGCGGAGAUUGGAAGCUUCUCCACUCUCCUGGGUCCACUAGGCCGCCAAGACAUCUCACAGCUCUCCGGUAGCGUGGACAACCAAAGACAUCAGAACACGCUUCGGAAUCUCCCCUAUUGGUUUAGGGCCCCGGCAGGGCAGCUGACAGACUAAUCUUUUCUAGAGGUGAUAUCACAAUCACACUUUGGUAUUUUGAUUAAUUGGACUAAUAUAUCUCUCCACUGUGUAUUUUAUUUGUAUUAAUAUUCAUAUUGUUAACUAUCUGGGCCUGGAUUUUUACAAUCUGGGUCUGAAUUUCAGCUUUCUGGCAGCUUUCUUGCUGAAAUCUGGAUUACAAUAUGGACAUUGUUAGAGUGAACAAAGUCCAGAUUUUGCAGUCUUAAUGGCCCCAUUCUAUACACUGCCAGUCGAACUUUAUAAAUAACCCUAAUAUAGAGAGGACGAGAAAUGACACCAUAUUUCUCCUCUUUAUUUGCUAUAUUUUCCCUGUCAUUUAAUUUGUUACCAAUUUGGCUGAUUUGACCCAAAUGUUAGCACUGUAAAUGUUGCGGCUCCUGGCCCGCCGCAUGGUGCAGCCGUGCCUGACCGACACGACCUCGCCGAUAUUGCGACCUUACCUGCUCGUCGGAAAGCCGGGAACCGCUCCUCCGCAUCUUCUGGGCAUUGCGCCCAAAUCAAAGAUGGUGCUGACCACGUGGUCGCAGACACCACAAGCUUCAUCCCUCAAAAUUAUAUGAAAGUGCAUGUAACAUCACGUUAUCAACGCACGCGCACAUUCUGGGGUCAGAGGUCACCCUCUGACCAAUCAGAGCCCAGAGAGGGAUAAUUCACUCUAGUUCCUUGCCCUGUCGUGGUUUCCUGUUCCUGGUUCCCGAGAGUGCAUUUAUCUUUGUGAAUCUGACUUCCUGGUAUCCUGAUCUUGGCUUUUCCCUGGUUAUUCCGAAUUCUGGUUCCCCUGACUUGGCUUGUUUAAACGUUAUCUGAGUAUUUCUGGCUUCCUUGACUUCGGCUUUCCCUUUGACCAUUCUCUAUCACUAGCGUAUUAGUCCGGCCAUUCUAAGGUCCGGUUUACUCUCUGUCCUUUUAUUUCCUUUCCUUUUUUAUGUAUAUGUUUAUAUAGUUUCUGCGUGUUGGACCACACUAGCAGCCGUGACAGUAAACCAGCUUACAAAACCUUUGUCCCUUGGUACAUAAGGGGUAAAUGGUUUAGCACUCUACUUCAAUAUUUCAGUACAUCUUUUACUUCUCCUAUUUUUUUUUCACAGGAAUCAAGGUUAUAAAACUUAUGCAGUCUGUGCAUCCUGAACAUCUUUGAUGUCACAGUUCAUUUGACCAACCAUAACUGGAAUCAGAAAUUAAAAAACCUUUAUAUAAAAACCAAGGUAACAUUAAACCUUUAGGACUCAUGUUUCAUGUCAUAAAAAUAUAUGAAAAGAUUUUAUAUUCUGCAGGCUGGGUUAGCACUUUCGUUCUUAUUUUUUUUUCUUUCUUCCAAUAUAACUUUAGAGAACAGUUUUAUAGCCUAUAAAUGAAAAUCGAAACUAUAUCACAUUCUAAAAAAUAGUUUACGGUUCACAAGUAAUAAUGUGGCUUUCGUACUAUAAUGAGCAAAUGACAGCACUUUAAUUGAUACCAAUAUGGAUGAAUGGUCUUAGUCAUUUCACAUCCUACUGUAAUGGUUAUUUCAUGAUACCAUAAUAAACUAGGCAGGAAAUAAAAAUACAUCCUUUUAUAGCACCACCUCUACCCUUUCACUUCAUGCCCCUUGCAACUAUAUUUGCCUCUGGAGCACUUGCCAUAUUUGCUGGUGACCAUUUUCGUGUGAGUUUGUAUACUGCAUUACCUAAUGACUUGGUUCCUUCCAACUUACCAAUAGCUUUUCAUCCAAUACACCAGGGGUUGGCAACCUGCAGCUCUGUAGAUGUUGUGGACUACAUCUACCCUGGUGCUUUGUCAGCUUUGUGGCUGUAAGAGCAUUAUGGUAGAUGUAGUUCCACAUCUGGAAUGCUGAAGGUAAUCUUUCCCUGCACUGCACUGUAGACAUAUGGUCACCCUGCUAUCAUGGGUUACUAUGUCUGCAAGUUCCCAAAUUACUCUAAGGAUCCAUUGCACUUGUCAAAUGCUGUGGUUCCUGAUGCCACGCUGAAGCUUCCCUCUAAAGGAAAUUGGCCUUAGACAUUUGCACAUGAGAGACCCCUUUUGAGACUUUGAUUGAUCACAGCCUAUUGUAUACAAUAGGUCAUGAAGGCAACAAUUGGGCUAAUACAAAUUUGUCAACCAGGAGCUCAGUUGCUUUCUUUGACUUUUGUAUUGUUGUUUUUACAGUCUUAGCAUCUUGUAGCUAAUGAUCUUGAAUGUAUUGGAAAUCCCUCUGUAUGUUUGUAGAACACAAUUUAUUUAUUGUAUAGAAAUUAUUCACAAAUGUUUUACUCUUCUCUCCUCGUCAAAAUUAUCCAUGUCCUUAUUGGUAGUCAAUCUGUAUGCUGUGUAUGUAAUUGGUUUCAAGUUUCACUGUGAUUGCAUGGGUCUGUCCCUAUCCCUCGGUAUUUUGGGGGCAACUCAGCUCAGUGCAAAGAAUUUGUAAAUCAGGUUAGAGGAUACCUUGAAAUGCUUCCCCAGGCAUUUCCUACAGACAGAAGCAAAGUCCGGUUCAUGAUUUCUUUGCUGUCUGAAAAAGCCCUAGCUUGGGCAAAACCUCUCUGGGAGGCAGAGAGGCCCAUUAUGUACAAUUACCCUGAAUUCGUUGCGUCCUUUAAAAGAGGUUUUGAUAUUCCAGCUCGCUCCACCUCUGCUGCCAAACAACUCAUGUCUAAUGCACAGGGCACGAGAACAAUUGUCGAGUAUACCAGUGAAUUCCGAACCAUGGCAGCAGAGGGUGGCAGGAACAAUGAGACUCUCGUGGCUGCCUUUUCCCAUGGGCUCUCCGAUGUUAUUAAGGAUGAGAUUGCAGCCAGAGAAUUGCCUAAAGAUCUCGAGGAACUAAUAUCCUUUGUCAUCCUCAUUGAUAUCAGACUCAGAGAGACAUCCUCAUUCAGGAAGCGGCCUCCUGUAUAUGGGUGGUCUUUCUGCAGACCCAGAGAUAUAUUAGGACAAACCCUUGGUGCCUAUUAUCCUCUCCUGGCCUGAUUCAUCCAUUAAAACCCGGGCAUUGCUUGAUUCUGGGGCCGCAACUUGUUUAGACUGUGCAUUUGCAUCAGAGCACUCUAUACCCUUACAGCCUCGCAACUCUCCACUAGCUUUCGAAGCCAUCGAUGGCAGACCAAUACAGCCAACCCACGUGACCCAGGAGACUGUGCCCAUAGCUUUGGCUGUAGUGACUCUACAUCGUGACAUGAUCCAAUUCCAGGUAAUUUCCUCUCCAUAUUACCUGGUUGUUUUGGGAUACCCUUGGCUACAGAAGCAUAACCCCACAGUUGAUUGGCGCAAAUCUGAGAUAUUAUAUUGGUCCCAGCAAUGCACAUCAUCUUGACUCUGGAAACCGGUCAAAGUUUUGAGCACAUUUUCUGCCUCUUCCUUACCCGCUGAGUACCAAGAAUUCCAAGAUGUAUUUGACAAGGGUCAGGCAAGCGUUCUGCUGCCACACCGUCCUUAUGACUGUGGUAUCGAACUCCAACCUGAUGCCAUUCCUCCUCGUGGCCGGAUUUACCCGCUGUCUGUAGCAGAGAAUCGAGCCAUGGAGGAGUAUGUUACCGAUGCAUUGUCAAGGGGAUUCAUUCGGAAGUCAUCUUCUCCUGCCGGGGCCGGCCUUUUCUUUGUGAAAAAGAAGAGUGGCGAGUUCAGACCCUGUAUCGACUAUAGGGGUCUCAAUCGCAUUACUAUUAAGAAUGCUUACCUCAUUCCUUUGAUCAAGGAGUUAUUCGACCGCCUCAAGGGAGCAACGGUCUUCACUAAACUUGAUCUGAGAGGGGCAUAUAAUCUCAUCAGGAUAAAAGAGGGCCAUGAAUGGAAAAUCGCAUUUAACACCAGGAGCGGGCAUUAUGAAUACCUAGUAAUGCCCUUUGGUCUUUGCAAUGCUCCUGUGGUUUUCCAGGAAUUUAUAAAUUAUGUCCUGCGAGAUAUGCUGCAGCAAUGUGUGGUGGUUUUUCUUGAUGAUAUUCUUAUCCAUUCCACAUCUCUUGAGAACCAUCACGCAGACGUUUCUCAUGUUCUACAGAGACUCAGAGAAAAUAAUCUGUUCUGUAAAUUGGAGAAAUGUGAGUUCAACUGCAAACAGGUCACAUUCUUGGGCUAUGUUAUUUCAGAUGCUGGAUUCUCUAUGGCCCCAGAGAAACUUUCUGCUGUACUACAAUGACCUCGACCUACGGGUCUUCGCUCUAUACAGCGUUUUCUUGGCUUCGCCAAUUAUUAUCGGAAGUUUAUACGCAAUUUUUCUUCCUUGGUUAAACCUCUCACGGAUAUGAUCAGGAGAGAUGCUGAUCCACAACAUUGGUCACAGGAAGCCAUUACUGCCUUUGAGUCUCUCAAAGUCGCCUUCGCUGCAGCUCCAAUACUGGCACACCCUAACCCUGCCUUACCAUUCAUUCUUGAAGCCGAUGCAUCUGAGACAGGAAUAGGCACCCUCUUGUCUCAACGUCCUAACCCAGAGAGCUUCAUGCAUCCAUGAGGGUAUUUCUCAAAGAAAUUGAACCCGGCGGAAUGCAAUUACCAGAUUGGUGAUAGAGAACUUCUAGCUAUAAUUUUAGCUCUCAAAGAAUGGAGGCACCUUCUUGAGGGCACUUCAGUGCCAAUUCUCAUCCUCACAGACCACAAGAAUCUUACAUAUCUUUCCGAAGCUAAGCGGCUUUCCCCCCGGCAAGCAAGAUGGGCUCUCUUCCUAUCAAGAUUCAAUUAUGUGGUUUCUUAUUUGCACGGUACUAAAAACAUUCAGGCUGAUGCCUUGUCUCGACAGUUCUCUCCUCCAUCUAGAGAGGAAAUAACCCCUACUCCUGUGAUUCCUCCGGACCGUGUACUGGCCACCAUCCGUACUAACCUCACCUCACACCAAGGCGAGGAGAUUCUGGCUGCACAAAUUAGAGAAACCUAAUGGCCGUUGUUUUGUACCUAUUCAUCUCCGUACUAAAUUAUUAAGUACAUAUCACAACCCCAAAGCAGCUGGAAAUCCAGGCAAAAACUAGUUAAUCUGGUUCCCUCUCUCUGCAAUUUUGGUGACCUAGUCUCCGUUCGGAUGUCACUGCUUUUGUAGCUGCCUGUCCUGAAUGAGCUCAAAAUAAUACCCCAUGACACCCUCCAGUGGGUCUCCUGCAAACCAUACCUAAUGGUGAAUGACCUGGACUCACUUGUUCAUGGAUUUUAUAGUAGAUCUUCCGGUCUCCCAUGGUAAUACAGUCGUUCUCAUGGUUGUUUACCGAUUCUCUAAGAUGUCGCAUUGCAUUCCCAUGAAAAAACUACCAACUUCUCAAGAACUUGCAACAAUUUUUGCUCGGGAGGUCUUUCAUUUGCAUGGGUUACCCAAAGUAAUAAUCUCAGAUAGGGGUAGCCAGUUUGUGUCCAGAUUUUGGAGAGCUUUUUGUACACAAAUGGGAAUUCAGCUUUCCUUCUCCUCGGCCUACCACCCGCAAUCCAAUGGUGCCACGGAAUGAGCUAACCAAGCCUUGGAACAGUUUCUGCGUUGCUACAUUUCUGACCACCAGGAUAACUGGUCUGAUCUGCUACCCUGGGCGGAGUUUGCCCACAAUAGUGUGAUUAAUGCCUCUUCCCGGCUAUCCCCGUUCUUGGCGAACUAUGGGUUUCAACUGUCCAUGUUGCCUGAUACGUUCAUGCCACAAGGGAUACAAGCAUUGGAGGAACAUCUCAGGGAACUCCGUUCCACUUUGGUGCAGGUUCAGAACUCUUUGCAACGCGAUAUGCAGAACUACAAACUCCAGGCCGACCGCAGGCGCCUACCUAUCAGGUCGAAGAGAGGGUCUGGCUGUCUUCCCGCAACCUACGUCUCCGUGUUCCCUCACAAAAACUGGCACCCCACUACGUUGGGCCAUUUCAUAUACUUCGAAGGGUUAACCCUGUAGCUUAUGCACUUGAGCUUCCUGCUAACAUGCACAUCUCGAAUGUAUUCCAUGUUUCCCUCUUGAAACCCUUGGUAUGUAAUCAUUACACCACCUCAGUGCCAAGUCCACAUCCUGUUCUGGUUGAUAAUCAUGAUGAAUAUGAAAUAGGCAGCAUCAUUGACUCACGAGUGUUCAGAGGACAGAUCCAAUACUUGGUGCACUGGAAAGGGUACGGUCCAGAGGAACGCUCCUGGGUUCCAGCCUCUGAUGUCCAUACACCAUCCCUCCUUCAUUCCUAUCACGCCAGCUUCCCCAUGAAGCCUGGACCCUCCAGCAGAUAUGGGGAGAGUCGUUGAGGGGGAGGUACUGUCAGGGUUUCUUUGCUGUUUUAAACAGCAACCCCUACUUUUUUUUUUGUCUGAGUUUUCAGCUGAUAUUAAUGAUCAGCUCCUUCAGUAUGUUGCCACGGUUACUCACCUGAUAGUAGUAACCAGCCCUUCUGCUAAUCAGGCAGCCUAUUUAAGCAGCAAAUCCCAGUACCUCCUUGCCCUUGCGUGGUUUCCUGUUCCCCAGAAGUCUCCUUGUUCCUGUGUGUUCCUGGUUCCUGAGUCUGGCUUUGUUGCCGUCUUCGCUGCUCUCCGUUCUCAUGAUCCUGGCUCGUCUGACUACCCGAUUUGGUGCCUGACCCCUGCUUGCCCCCUGGACUUUGCUUUUGGUUAUUACUUUGUUUUCUAUUUAUUAAUAAAGGUGUUAUUGCAUCUAGUUCUGUCUCUGUUCCUGGUCUCUAACAGGUACAUGUUAUGUGAUCCUUAGCAAUUAUCCUAAUAGUAAAGAAGUCCAUCUGUGUUGAAAGAGUAUCAUAAGAGUUUGAUUUUACGACAAAUUGAGAACUGUGUGUUGGCAACCAUUGAUUAACAGGACAUGUGAACAUUUGCUUAAUCUUGCAGCUUUAUAUAAAAAAAUUUAAAUAAAAAAAAGACUCAUUGAAUCCAAAUACACUGCACACUUUAUGAAUAGGGAUCCUAUGAAUUAUCUUAAUUUUUUUGCAUAAUCCCAGAUAUAAAAUUGCAUCUGGUAGCUAGCUUUUGAAGAAAGCCUAAUUGAAACGGGGCAGUUCUCAAAGAACUUACUUGUUCAAAAUUUAUGCUUGGGAUUACCAUUUGAGCAAUGAAUUUAUAGAGUUUAUCAAAGCUUUUUGACAUUCAAAAGUUUGCUUUCAUAUUUAUUAUUCCUUUGACACAAGUCUGAAUUCUGGAAUCUAAUUAACAAGACGUUAGCACUUUAUAGUUCAUUAAUUCAUUAAUUAAUAUUUCAUAGAACAAUGUAUUUCAUUCUUAAAAGAUUGAUUAACAAAAGGACAUCUUGCUCUUAUUUUGCAGCAUGCAAACUUUUUAUUGGCAUUUAUGUCAACUGUAAAUAUAUACUGAGGAUGUUUAGAUAGGGGUUUCAUGACUUCAACCUCCAUGACCUUGUCUUUUUGCGAUUUACAUGUUCGAGCAAUAAGAAAAAGUAUGUGAUAUGCAUUUACCAGAUAUACUACAUAUACUAGUAAACAAAAAAAAAUAUUGGAUAUAAUAGAAUAUACCACAAAGUAAUUCAAUUUCACACACUUGCCUCGACUAGAUGCCAUCUACAAAACACAGUCAAAAAUUAUCCGACUGAUAUUUUUUUAAUCAAAUUUUGAUAAAAAUGCUAAAUUCUAGCAGUCAAAUCCUGACAAUCCGGACAGCUCACUGAGAAAAGUUGCCUGAUAGAUGUUAUUCGUAAGCACAUUUAUUGAUUUCUAUUAAUGACUAAGGCUAUUAGAUUGAAGGGACUUCAUCAAUCUAUUGUUCCUGUAACAAUAUGUAAUUGUGUCCUUUAUUGCUAAAUUUCCCCCUUUAUAAUAUUGUAAAGCACUGCAGAAUAAGUUCAAAUUAUUAUAAAUAUAAAUGCUAAUAGAAAUAAUAAUAAUAAUGUCAUUUAAAAAUAUAUAUAAAAAAAAACCUUGAGUGGAGCAUGUCUGCUAAACAACAGGUGGCUAGUGGCUGCUCACAGUGUCUACCAAGUAGCUAGUAGUUGCUUACAGUAAUAAUACAUAGCGGGUGGGCAGCUAUUUCUGCCCAGUGGCUUUUAACAUACAGGAGGAACAUAGGUCCCCUACCCAGGUUAUUACAUUUGAAAAAGUGAAGGAGGGACAUCCUAGUGGCCACCCCGGUCCCACAGUGGGGGCACUUAAUUAAAUACAAACAGGGGGACUCAUUGUACCUCCUGCUCCCACCUGCUGACCAACAGGUGUCAGCUCUAAUUUUAAUAACUCAAGGAGACCUGUCUCCUCAACCAGCGCCAAGACACAGGCCAUAGGUUCUUAAAUUCAUAAGAAAUAGAGGGGACCUCUACACUUACACACACUGCUAUGUAUAUACAACAAUAUGAUCAUAUUGUCCCACCACCUCUCUCAGAGAAACAACCUGCUGUCUUCUCCAGCCCUCACCCAUGGGAGUCCAAUUAAUCUAAUGAAAACAAAUUAAAUUUAUACUUACAAUUAGAUUAAUUCUUAACCCCUUGAGGACUGAUGAUGGUUCAGGACCGUCAUCGGAAACAUCCCCUUGAGGACUGAUGACGGUCCUGAACCGUCAUAACGAUCUUGGGGUACUUACCUGAUCGCAGUCGUUCCCCCGGCGGCGAUCAGCAUUUCUUCUGGUCUGGGGGGACUGCCUGUCUCCCUGCAAGUGAAAAAUCACAAAUAAAGUAAAAUAAAAUUCAAUGUAAAAAAAUAAUAAUAUAUGUGUAUAUAUAUAUGUGUAGAUAUAUAUAUACAUGUAUUAUAUCUAUAUAUAAUAUGUAUAUAUAUCAUAUAUAUGUCAUACUAAGUGUAUUUUUAUAUUUAUAUAUUAAUAUAAAAAUAAACUUAUAAUUAAAUUAUACACGUAUAUAUAAUAUAUACAAUAACUACUUAUUAUAAAAUAUAAAUAAUACGUAUAUAAUACGUAUAUAAAAAUAAAUUAAUAAUUAAUCAAUAAAAAUAAUUUAAAAAAAAUUAUAUCUAUAUAUGUAAUUUUAUUCUAACGGUAUUUUGAUAUUAAUAUAUAUAUAUAUAUUUAUAUCAAAAUACCCUUAGAAUGAAAUGAUAUAUAUAUAUAUAUAUGUAUAUAAAUAAAUAAAUAAAUAAAUACAAAUAAUAUGAAAUAUACAUAUGUCCAUAUACAUAAUUACAUAAAUAAUUUCAUAAAUAUACAUGUAGACUUCAAAUAUAUAAAUAUGUAUAUAUAUUUAAAUUCCACGUGCAUAUUUAUGUAAUAUUUUUACAUAAUUAAGUAAUUUUAUUGAUUGCAAUUUGAGGGACAUGCCUGACAACCCAGGCCGAAAGUCCAGAGAAUUUAAUUUGCUAGCACUGUGUUUAACCCUGUAACUUUCUAUGACACCCUAAAACCUGUAUAUGGGGGGUACUGUUUUACUCGGGAGACUUCGCUGAACACAAAUAUUAGUCUUUCAAAACAGUAAAACAUAUCACAGCGAUGAUAUUGUCAGUGAAAGUGAAUUUUACUGUUCUGAAACACUAAUAUCUGUCUUCAACGAAGUCUCCCGAGUAUAACAGUACCCCACAUGUAGAGGUUUUAUAGUGUUUUUGAAAGUUACAGGGUCAAAUAUAAGGCUUGAUUUUACUUUUUUUUUAUUGAAAUUUGUCAGAUUGGUUAUGUUGCCUUUGAGAGCGUAUAGUAGCUCAGGAAUGAGAAUUACCCCUAUGAUGGCAUACCAUUUGCAAAAGAAGACAACCCAAGGUAUUGCAAAUGGGGUAUGUUCCGCCUUUUUUAGUAGCCACUUAGUCACAAACACUGGCCACAAGUGGCUACUAAAAAAGACUGGACAUACCCCAUUUAGAAUACCCUGGGUUGUCUACUUUAAAAAAAAAUAUUUACAUGUGGGGUGUGAUUCGGGGAUUUAUGACGGAUAACAGUGUUACAAUGUCACUAUUGAUAAAUUUAAAAAAUAUAUAUAUUGCAACAGCAAUUUCCUACUUGUACUUAAAGCCCUAUAACUUGCAAAAAAGCAUGUAAACACUGGGUGUUUUUAAACUCAGGACAAAAUGUUGAAUCUAUUUAGCAGUUUUUUCCAUUAGCUUUUGUAGAUAAGUAAAAGAUUUUUCAAGUAAAAGUCCAAACACAUUAAAAUUUUUCACCAUAUUUUAUUAUUUUUUUUAAAGUAAAAUAUAUGACAUGAUACAAAUAAUGGUAUGUAAAGAAAGCCCUUCUUGUCCUGAAAAAAAACAAUAUAUAAUUUGUAUGGGACUGUAUGGAACUGUGUUCCACUCUUUUCCCACGUGCGGCCAGAGGGGGUACUGUGCUAGGAGGACACCCUCCUGUGUCAUAGAGAGCAGCAGAGGGGAGAGACAGGAAGGGGAAGCUCAGCUCUGCACAGAGGCAUCCAGGCAGCUGCUGGUAAGUGUGAGUCAGUGUGUGGUUCAGUCUGUGUGUGGGAGUAGGGGUUCAGUUUGUGUGUGGGGGGGUUCAGUCUGUGUGUGGGGGGAUCAGUCUGUGUGGGGAGGGCAGUCUGUGUGUGUGUGUGGUGGUCUCAGUUUGUGUGUGUAUGGGUGUGAGAGGUGGGUUCAGUCUGUGUAUGUGGGGAUCAGUCUGUGUGUAGAGGUGGGGAGGCUCAGUCUGUGUGUAUGGGUGUGGGGGGUGGGUUCAGUCUGUGUGUGUGGGGAUCAGUCUGUGUGUGUGGGUUUCAGUUUGUGUGUAUGGGGGGCUUAAUCUGUGUGUUUAUGGGUCAGUCUGUGUGUGUGUAUGUGUGUGUGUGUAUGGUUUAGUCUGUGUGUAGGGGGGUCAGUCUGUGUGUCUGUUUAUGGGUUAGUCUGUGUGGGGUGGAUCACUCUGUGUGUGGGUGUGUGUAUGGGUCAGUCUGUGUAUGUAUGGGUCAGUCUGUGUGUGCGUGUAUAUGUCAGUCUGUGUAUGUGGGGGAGAAGUAUGUUUGUGUGUAUGGGUCUGUGUAUGGGGCAGUCUAUGUAUAUGUUUGGAUCAGUCUGUGGGUUUGUAUGGGUCAGUCUGUGUAAGUGCUAGAGCUCCAAGAGAGAAACCCUUUUAAUUUCGUGACUUCCACUGUACCCGAUGGAUAGGCAGCCUUCUCAACCACCACAGAUCUAAUUGUUCCACCCCUUCCCUGCAAGGUAAAAAUCAGGGAAAGGGGAAUAUUAUUAUUAUUAUUUUUUUAAAACAAUAAAGGAAAAUUUUUAAAAUUCUUCCCUAUCCCACUCUCUGCACCCCCAUGAACACAGUACAUCCUCAUAGACAGUGAACUCCCACAUACAGUACACUUCCAUCAACACAGAGAACACAUGCACACAGUGCACCCCUCACACACAUCAUCUCUUCACCCACAUACACACUUAUUCCCCACACACCUUCACCCCUACACACACAUGCAUACAUACAUACUUCACCCUAUUACACAUUCACACACACAUAUAUAUAUAUAGAUAUAUAUAGAUAUAUAUAUAUAAAAUGAAAAAAAUACCGGCACUCCAAGGAUUUUCAAAAUAUGCAAUCUUCUUUAUUCUGAGAAAUACAUCUUCAUCAACGUUUCAGCUACCCUAAGGAGCUUUCAGGAGUGUCCUGAUGAAAGCUCCUUAGGGGAGCUGAAACGUUGAUGAAGAUGUAUUUCUCAGAAUAAAGAAGAUUGCAUAUUUUGAAAAUCCUUGGAGUGACGGUAUUUUUUUCAUUUUAUAUUAUGGAGCUACAAGAGCACCGGGUCAUUUUUUGAUUAUUGUUAGGUUGGAGUGCAGGAGCUUAUUACAUUUAGAUAUAUAUAUAUAUAUAUAGGAAAGUCUGGCCCAAACUUCUCAAUGUCAACGUCUUCUGCCUCCCCUGUUAACGCCCAGACGCCACCUCCUUGUGGUGUAGGACAGGUCCCCACCCCCCUGUGUCCCGUGCUCGGAGCUGACAGAGCCUUCUACUAUCCUGUACCACUGCAUUCCUGUUCUCACACUCCUAUACCCCAACCGCCCUUACAGCUCCCUACUGCCCCCGACCAGGUCCCGCCAUCACCCUCUCCGAUGCCCCUUCGCCUCCUCCAAUUCCUUGUCCCCCGCCCCUUCCACUGUCUCCACCUAUUCCUAUUGUUCUCCCAUCAGACCCUUCUUCCCCCCGUCCCCGAUCCCAUCCCAUUGACUCCUGUCCCACCUCCUGACAUUUCUACUACCAAGGUUUCGCCACUUCUCCUUGCUACUCCUACCACCCCGGACUGUUCCCCUCCGACUACUCCUGCUAGUCUGUUGUCAUCUCUCCUCUCUGCUAUUUCCGCCACUCUUGGCCAUCCCUAUCACCCCACCCUGCCUUCUACAUUCCCUGAUGUCCCUUCCGCCCCCGACCCUCCUCCUACUUCUUCUUCUAACCCUCCUCCCACUGACCUGUCAUCUCUUCUCUCUGCCCUCUCAGCCUUAGCCCAUCUCACUACUCCUGUUCCUCCCACUACAUCUUCCGACCCUCCUCCUACUUCUUCUAACCUGUUAUGGCACCCUCAGCAUAAAAGGGUUAAACCGCCGUUUAGUAGAUCUUCCCUUCCAGAGACACAGGUACAGCUACUGCAGAACACCAAUCCGCCGAACAGGAAACCAUAUGAAUGCUGUAAACAGCCGAAUAGGAAAAACCAUACGAAUAGGUUUACACUCCUAGCAGUCAAACUGGAACAGCAUACAAUAAAUCUCCCCAAGAACGAGACAAAGCUCCGUGUUGAGGGUCAAGCAGUGAACAGUCAGAGCUGUGGUUUUAUUGUGCUUAUGUACACAUUCUUACACAUUAGUACCACCCACAGGGUUUUGGAACACAACCAAUAAACACAUACAAUACACUCAGACACUCCCACACAAAAUCCUCCCCUCUGCCUGUGAUACAAUUACCUUACACAAUGGGUAAUAUAAUUAUAACAAGCAGAUAAAUUUUUUUUUUCCACAUUAUUCAUAACUUGAAAAGUAUGCAUCACAUUCACAUUUUCAGAAUCAGCAUACUCCAAAUACAAACAUAUGUCAAAUUCAUACAAAUUGGUCCAAUGGUUCAAAAGAUAGAUCGUAGUCCUUUGUGACCAAAGGAAGCAUGGCUUUUUCUGCCCAAAACCAGUUCCACAGAGUCUUCUAUCCUGGAGAUAAUUGGGAAGUAAUCCAAUUAUCUCCAAAGACAGAGGCAAAACUCCAUUGAACACAUGGCAGCAAAAGACAAUAAAACACAUAAAACAUAUAACUGUGCAGCCAUUGCACAAAACAGGUACAUUCAACAUAUCCCCAGAUAGCUCAGAUCUGAGCGCACAUUAUUACUGAAUGGCGCUCAGAGCACACAUACAGUUCAAUUGCCAUGGAGCCAAAGUCUUUCCCAUAGUCUUUCAUUAUACGAAUGGGCUCCAUGGCAUAGCUAUCUGGGGUAUCACGCUCAAACAGGGUAAGCACCAAAUGACCCGGCUUUCAUGUCUUUGCAGGGGAAAAUCAAGCCUUUUAACAUGGGGCCAUAAUCCAAAGGCAACAGGCGAGCAACCAGGCUUCUCCAAUGCAAUGUGGCGAGAUUGGUCUCGUCACAUCACCCUCCUCCCACUGACCUGUCAUCUCUUCCCUCUGCCCUCUCAGCCUUAGCCCAUCCCACUACUCCUGUUCCUCCCACUACAUCUUCCAACCCUCCUCCUACUUCUUCUAAUCCUCCUCCCACUAACCUGUCGUCUCUUCUCUCUGCCCUCUUAGCCCAUCCCACCACUCCUGUUCCUUCUACUACAUCUCCCGACCCUCCUCCUACGUCUUCUAACCCCUUCUCCCACUGACCUGUCGUCACUUCUCUCUGCCCUCCUAGCCUUAGCUCGCCCCACUACCCCUGCUCCUCCUACUACACCUCCUCCUACAACAGAACCUGUUGUAAUUGCCACCAGGUUGGCCACUGCCGUAGAGAGUGUCCUCAUCCUAGGCUGAAUAGGCCACUACUCCCCAGGUAUUCUCAUCCCUCUGUUGCUGCCUAUGGGCAUUUCCCUCCAGGGUACUUUCAGCCACCACCACCUCCUCCAGUUCCAUACUUCCCACCUCCUGAGUAUUCCCAAGCCCCCCUGCCUCCUUCUGACGCCCGUACUUAUCCCCCAGCUCCUGCUGGCGCAUAUGAUGCUGAUGGUCUUCAGGAAGAACGCCCAGUACCUAGACAGAGCCGCACUGCUCGCCCUGCCCCCCUGGCAAGUCUCCCUACUACCUCUGCAUGUCACUACACUGGUCCUGACCAGGCUCAUUUAGAUUUGUUGCAAUAGGUAACUGGCAAGCCUAUGUCUGAUACCCCUGUCAUGGCAGCAUCUACAAGGGAUGGGGGGGCCUCUCGCUACAGUUGUCCUGCCCGUUGAGGGACAUCCUACUACCUUUUUAGUUGACACAGGUGCAGCCCGCAGUGUUCUUAGAGAACAAGACCUGCCAGACCCGUCCUACCUGUCAGACACAGAUGUAUCUUGUGUAGGUGUUGACAGCACUCCCUGCAGCAAUCCACUAACUAAGCUCCAACGUGGGGGUUCUGAUAUCCUCUCACGGUUUGUUGUUUCCUCUACCUGUCCCAUUAACAUUUUGGGUGCUGAUGUUUUGUCCCACCUUCAGGCCUCAAUUACUUUCACUGCAGAUGGUCAGGUUCAAUUACUCACACCCCUAUCACGCAAAGACACUUCUGUCCACUGUUCCCUACCCUUACCACUACAUUUUACGUCUCCCUCAGGGGAAGCAAGGGUCACGGAUGCCCCCAGUGCUCUGGACAGAAUCCCUACUAAACUCUGGUCCACGGGCCCAGAUGACAUAGGUCGCCUACAUGUUCCUCCCGUUGUGGUUACCCUUCUGCCAGGAGCUGCUCCACCUCAGAGACCUCAAUACCCAUUGAAACCUGCACAGGCCCUUGCCAUCUCUAAGCAAGUUGACAGCCUCCUAGCAAAAGGAGCUCUUAUCAAGUGUGUGUCGCAAUGUAACACUCCCUUAUUCCCUGUCAAGAAGAAAACCGAAAAGGGACAACCAGACCAGUACCGCAUGGUCCAGGACUUGCGUGCCGUUAAUGAUGUCACUGUCAGGGACACCACUGUUGUCCCCAAUCCACACACCUUGUUGUCACAGGUCCCACCCACUGCCAAGUUCUUCACGGUGGUCGAUCUUGCCAAUGCCUUUUUCAGUGUACCUCUGGAUCCGUCCUGUCAACAUCUCUUUGCCUUUAUUCAUGACUGCCAACAGUACACAUGUACUGUCAUGCCACAAGGGGCACAGAACUCUCCAACUCAGUUCGCAAAAGCCAUGUCUACUGUCUUGGAACCCUGGAACCCUGCUCCAGUAUGUUGAUGACCUACUCCUCUGUGCUGCUGACCUCUCAACUGCUGAGCGUGAUUCCGAAGAUCUUCUAUGCUUUCUAGCUGAAGAAGGUUGUAAAGUUUCUAAAUCCAAACUACAGUGGUGCCGGCCCUCUGUGGUCUUCUUGGGGCAUUGCCUCUCCCAUGGCACCCGUCAUCUUACCAGAAACAGAAUUCUUGCUAUCUUGAAUUUGCCGCCUCCAUCUACCCAUCAGACUCUACAUGCCUUUUUAGGCCUCAUUACCUAUUGCAGAUCGUGGAUUCCUGAAGCUUCUCAGCUUAUGCAACCACUUUAUGAUGCUUUAAAGAGCGAACCGUUCUCCCUAUCACCUCAAGCUCUAGCUUGCUUCUCAGCCCUGCAAAAAGCAAUUUCCUCCACAACCGCUCUGGGCCUACCUGACUACCAAUUGCCCUUCAAGCUGUUUGUUUCAGAAAAGAUGGGCCAUGCUUCAGGGGUCCUCACACAAUCUCAUGGCUCAUGACAGAGACCAAUUGGCUAUUUUACCUGCAUGCUUGACCCCGUAGCCAGGGGUAGUCUUCCUGCCUGCGGGCGGUGUUUGCUGCUAGUGCAUUAUUGGAUAAGACCAAUGACUUUGUCCUUGGACAUUCUCUAACUGUCCUCGCUCCACAUGACAUUUCCGCCAUUUUACAACAAGUCCAACCUAAGCACCUUUCCUCACAACGCCAUCUUCGUUUACAGACUUCUUUACUGUUGCCAGACAAUGUGACUAUUCAAAGAUGUUACACCUUGAAUCCGGCCACUCUUCUGCCACUUCCCAAGGGGGGAGUAGCCCACUACUGGUACAGCUUGGACAUCAAUCCUGAUGUCCGGAUGGACUUUCAAUUACCGACUCCCACAGCUCCAUAUGAUGUGCAACCGGAGAACUUGCUGCAUUGCACUCUGUGGUUUAAAGAUACUCCAGGCCCUGACUCAUCCUAUGAAGAAGAAUUGUUCCACUUGGUGGAAAUUCGCAUCACACUAACAGAUUUAUUAUGUGAUUCCAAAGGCAACAUGGUCUCGCUGGUUUACCUUCCAAAGGAAGUAUCACACCUCUAUCACCACUGGGAAGUGGCUGUUCCACAUGUUUCAUUCACCAAGUCUCCUGACCUCUCGUGGGGAGAUCUGGGCCCAAUGGCCAAAUCCUGGAGCACGGCAACCCAAGAACAACUUGAACUGGCGGGAGUUACUAAAAAGAUCAUUAACUGCAAUACAGUCAGUUACCCUCGGUACCAUACAGAGAUAUGCGAGGAUCUCCCUCCCAUAGGGCAAGAUCCAGAAGCCCCCCAUGAUUGUUUUGAACAGAUGAAGAUGGAAACCACCCACUUACCAACCGUGCAUGACACUGCCCUGCCUAAUCCAGACUGCACACUGUUUGUGGAUGGCUCCAGAUUUGCUGAUGAACAAGGGCAAUGCCACACUGGGUAUGCAGUCACUACAGAAAGUCAAGUACUGCAGGCUGCCGCACUUCCACCGCCAAAAUCAGCUCAAGAGGCCGAACUAACAGCCCUUACCGUGGCCUGUAAGUUGUCCGAAGGUACACGUGUCAAUAUUUAUACAGAUUCAAGAUAUGCCCUAGGGGUGGCACAUGACUUUGGUCUGAUUUGGAAAACCAGGGGUUUCCUCACAGCUACCGGCACUCCUGUGAAACAUGGGGCAGCUAUUGAAGAACUGAUGGACGCCCUGCUACUGCCUGAAGAGGUGGCUGUACUGAAGGUAAAAGCCCACAGUAGGUUGAACUCAAAAGAAGCCCAAGGCAAUCACCUGGCUGACCAGGCCGCUAAGGAAGCAGCACGCCAAGGAUGGAAAGUGGACAGAAGAGUGGCCACCGAAAACACCCCUAUCUAUACUAUGCAAACUUUACCUACAGAUUUCAAACUCUUGAAAGAACAACAAGCUGCAGCAACCCCUCAAGAAAAACAGAGCUGGAAGGACAGAGGGGAAAUCCUUCAAAAUGAUGUCUACACCCUCAACCUCAAGUUUUGCCUACCCAGAAAUAUGUACCCGGCUGUUGUCCAGUGGGCCCACGGACCAGCCCAUUUGUCCAAACAUCUGAUGAACUCUCUAAUUGAUAAAUACUUUGAAGCACCUGGUAUCACCACUUUGACCCAGAACUAUUGCAGAUCCUGUACUAUUUGCACCAAAUGUAACCCCGGGAAGAUUAUCAAAGCCGCUCCUAAUCACCUGGCCAAACAACAUUAUCCCUUCCAGAGAAUUCAGAUUUAUCAUAUCCAGAUGCCAAAAAGUGGGCGAUAUGAGUAUGCAUUAGUCAUAGUGGAUAUGUUCUCAGGAUGGCCAGAAGCCUUUCCAGUCGCUAACCUUACAGCAAAAACCACAGCGAAGCAUCUCCUUACAGAAAUCGUUUGCCGGUAUGGAGUUCCAGAAGUGAUUGAAAGUGACCAAGGAACCUCCUUCACCACUCUGUUAACAAGGGAAGUCUGGGCAGCACUGGGGGUGACCCUUGCCUUUCACACACCUUAUCACCCACAGAGUAGCAGUAAGGUAGAACGCAUGAAUGGCACGUUAAAAGCCAGAAUGAUCAAAAUGUCCCAGGAGACUAACAUGCCCUGGCCCGAGAGUCUUCCCUUAGCACUGUUUAGCGUACGGUACACCAGAAGGGGGAAGUUCAGUCUAUCCCCUUAUGAGAUUUUGUUCGGUACAGCACCUAGGUUAGGUUGUUAUUUCCUUCAACAGCUUCAGACUCAGUCAGAUGCUAUGGUAGACUAUGUAACUGCUCUCUCAAAUACCUUUACCAAAAUCCAUGCCCAAGUGUUCUCUUCUAUUCCAGAUCCAGAGUUGAAUACAGGAAUACACAAGUUACUUCCUGGUGACUGGUUUAUGGUCAAGAAAUUCCUCAGGAAACACACUCUCGAACCAAGAUUCGAUGGUCCUUACCAAGUACUACUGACUGUGGCUACUUCGGUAAAGUUGGCCGGAAAGAGUUCCUGGAUACACGCUUCACAUUGUAAGAAAGUACCUGCUCCAGAGGAAGCCACCCCAGAUGAACCAUGAGCUUCCUGUGUCUCCUUUUGCUGCUAGGCCUGAUAGAGGCCCAACAAGUUGCUAUUACUAAAGACAAUCAUGUUUACACGUUCUGGUACAAUUCCUCAAACACACAUGUGGCUACAUUUACCUUUGAUUAUUGUGAUAUUGUUUCUUGUACUUUUCCACAAACACAACACUCUGCCAUAUACAAAGACAUACCUAACAAGAAGGACCCAUAUAUCUGUGUAACGGGAGGGCACUGGGGACAUCAUUGUAGUUCCUGGAAAGCAGCUGGUUGGAAUACUGGUAGACCUUGGGCUAUAAGCCCCAAUGUGCUUUAGACAGGGUUGACAGAAAUGAGAAGCCCUUGUUGUAUAGAAUGACCCUGUGCAAACCUGCAGGGUCAACCCUGAUGAAACUCACCUUAAAUGUAGAACAUCCCAGCCCAGGGGAUGCCGGGGAAUACGUAAUGGGUAUGUAUUGGAAGGGAGGUGGUUCACACAAUCAGUUAGGAACCUUCUACUUACAAGACAUGCUUACAUCAUCUGACUGGGUAGGUACUACUCACAUGACUGUCAGUCCACUUAAACCUCACAUUAAGACUUUACAUGACAUGGUUGCCAUUGCUAACCCCACUUUUGAAGACACAAUGGCAGUAGAAACUGGGUUAUCUGACACUAACCUGUGGCUGGAAUGGAUGACGUACAAUGCCAAUUCACACAAUAAGACUAACUGCUAUGUAUGUGGCGGGGUUAGACCCCAUUUGGGUACAGUGCACCUUAAUUUACCUUCUGAUGUUGAACUGUGUUUUCUGAGCCAUUAUGUGCAAUCAACCACUAACUCGUCAAUAUGUGAAUCAUGGAAAAAGGUGUAUCCCAUUACCCAGGGAAGUGUUAGACCACCUGAUGGAGUCACAGUAUACCCAGGUAAUUACACCUGUUACUCAGUGCCUAAAAACACUGGUAAGUUCAUGGGCAGGUUUCCAUCCGGCUAUUGUUCUGCCUAUCACGACCCACCCAUGACGUUAUUAGUAAAUCAUGCCAAAACUGUCGGGGACAUUUAUUGGCUACGUGGUGAUAUACAACUAAGAUCCCAAUUAACUGGCCUGUGGUGGGGGGAAUGCACCUUAACUAAAGCCAUAAUGCCCAUCCAUAUUAUCUAAGAUGAUCAUCAAGGUCCAUUUGAUCCCACACGCACACAUUUCAGAGCUAAAAGGGAAAUCCCCAUCCGUGGAAGCUUUGACCCACAUGUUUAUAUUGAUGCCAUUGGGGUGCCAAGGGGGGUACCUAAUGAAUUUAAGGCCAGAGAUGAAGUAGCAGCAGGGUUUGAAUCCCUGAUUCCAUUAAUCACCGCUAACAAGAAUGUCAAUUGGAUUAACUAUAUUUACUAUAACCAGCAGCGAUUUGUUAAUUAUACUAAAGAUGCCCUAUAGGGCUUGGCAGAACAGCUGCAAGCUACCUCCCAAAUGACAUUCCAGAAUAGGAUGGCUCUGGCUAUGAUUCUAGCAGAAAAAGGGGGAGUAUGUAAAAUACUCCCCGAUACGAUGACAUGUUGUACUUUUAUCCCAGAUAAUAUUGGACCCAAUGGGAAAGUAACCAUGGCAAUAGAGAAAUUGGAUAAUCUAUCUGACUAGUUACAAAAGAAUUCUGGGGUCUCCAAUACAUGGGAUAGAUGGUUUGGAUGGAUGAAUGGAUGGCAGAAAACCCUAUUCCAGGUUGGAACAGCAGUCCUUACUAUGAUAAUCCUCUUCCUCUUCCUGACUUGUUGUGUACUACUUGCAUACAGAAAUACUCGCAGAAGACAGUAGGACAAACCAUUGAUAAUGUAACUCCUACGUUCCUCCACCAAGACGUCAAUGACACAGAAUGUGACACACCACACACACCCCUCCAGUCACACCAAUUCAGACAACUGCAUUCCUUUAGGGAUAGUGUAGGGAUAGCGUCUGUCUCUACGGGCAAAAGUCUCACGUGGGAGAUGUAGUGAGUUAGCCACUGUGGGAUACCCACGGAGUGAAGCGUUCGAGGCUCGUUAAGACAGAUAAGCUGCAGGUAAUUAGGGACAGGUAAGGGACAGUAGUAGUUGUCUUUUUAGUAAAUAGCCAUUUUAAGGGGGGACUGUUGUGGAAAUGGAUAUUAACAUAAUUUUUAGCUAGUAAAAUGUCUAUUUACUCAUUUAACUAUAAUCAUCAUUAUUCAACUCUUAUGUGAUUAACCAAAAUGGCCGCUAGGGAGCUUCCCCUCUAACAUCGACUAACUACCUCGUGUAACAAGAUGGCGCCGGAAUCUGGGGGAAACCCUCAUGAUACUAGUGACAUCACCCCCUGUAGGCAGAGCAUUAAAAAAAACACUUAACACCUAACCAAUUAAUGAUGUAUUAUUUCAUGUUAUCUCUGACAAUGCAUAUUAUGAAAUUCUGCUUUAAAAGGGGUUUGCCGUCCCCUCUGAAUAAACAUUCCUCAAGUUUUUCAUUAACCUGAAACUUGUGUCUGGUGUGAAUUACUUCAGGGAGUGUGCACGCAUUGUUUCUUUAAUUUGGCCAGGGGCAGAUAUGCAAAAUAAUCAAUUUAUUGAUUGUUUUCCACUUCAGUAUAUAUAUAUAUAUAUAUAUAUAUAUAUAUAUAUAUACAUAUACAGUACCUUGUUAAGCACACAAUGCAACCCCAAUACACAUACACUCAUAAUGCACAUGCACACACUUUGCAGGCCAUCUCAGCACACACAUAAUCUCAAAAGCUCCUUUACAUGAGCACGUGCUCAAACUACAGCCCCUAGUUACACAUAGUACACCAUAAACAGACUCCUCUAUACACACACUUCACCACAGCCCCUUUUAAACACCACGGAAAAUUAUCUUGCAUCUCCUGAAAAGGUUUUCCAGUUUCUUGCCUGUAAUGUAGAAGGCACAGCAGUGAAACUACAGAGAGUGCUAGUGCUGUGGUUACACCAGGGCCCAUCGAGUGAUGAUUGCAAUUAAGGCCACCCGAUGGGCAUGUGUCUUCAGGGCCCAAAACUGUUUUUGCACCAGGGCCCACUCUACAUUAGUUCUCCAACUGUGCAACAGUUUCCCCAGCACACAAGCUCUGCCCCUGCAUGGAAGAUCCCCUACCUGUACUCAAGCUCUGUCCCCAAUCUCUGACUGAGACACACACUGACAGACAUAUACACAUUCUGACAGACAUACAGUGACAGGCACCCACUCUCUGACUGAGACACAUACACACACAUUUUCUCACAAAUUACUAUUUUUAUUUUUAUUUAAAUCCACCCAGCCUCCCUACCUUUGGGAGAGCUGAGUGGAUCUUUCCCUGGCAUCGUGGAUCUUUCUCGGGCACCUAGUGUGUCUCCUCUCUAAUCAACCUGCAGUUUCUCUCUGUUCCUCUGCAUGCUCUCUGUAAUAAUGCCGGGGCCGGAGUGAUGUCAUGUAACUAAACAGUGCAAGACGGAGCAGAGAGGCACUGCAGGAAGGUUACUGCCCCAUCGCGGGCCUCCUCCAUGCUCCCCGCGGCGGCCAGCUUUAAUAUUUACUGGGCGGCCUAGCAAAGGGCCGACAAAUGCCAGGGCAAAAUAUCUAGUCGUCAUGGCGACCUGGCACCUGGAAUUUGUUGAGCCCUGUGUAUGUAUGUGUGUGUGCGUGUAUAUAUAUAUAUAUAUAUAUAUAUAUACACACACACACAUGCAUACACCUUAUUUAAUUGCCCCCCUACUUUUGUCCCUGGCCCCUUAUGUGCCCCCCAAAGUAUGAAUCCUGGAGACGCCACUGUUUCCUAGCCCUUGACAUGAGAUUUGAUUUGAAGCCCAUUUGCAGCCAUUUCCAGUAAUAUUUGCAAUGUUUUUCUCCUGGUUUUGGAUGCUGUGAUUUGUGGUGUCUUGGUGGUGUGGUAUACUUGAGUCUUAGCAAAACACCAUCUAAUAGGCCUCAAUGACGCCCUUGUAAAAUAUUCUCCCUUUCAUUUCCAUUGCAGACCCAUUUAUAGAUCCCUUAACUUUCCAUUGCAGAACUCCCAUCAUUACAGAUUAUCUGCUCUUCCACAACAGGCCUCACUCAGCUACAGUGCAGAGACCUCCCCUCCCUCUGUAUUUCAGAUCUCCUUCAUCCAUUACAACCAUCAAACGCUGCAAAUAUAGAGGAAUGUAGGUGCUAUCAACAUCUCCAUGACACGUUGUGUGUCUCUGCCUUCCUGAGUCAGUCAUCCACUGAUUUUUUUAUGGGAAACGGUUUAUACCCUGAAGACUCAGUGGUUUUUCACUUAUCACCAAACUGAACUAAAAACAGUAUAGCAAAAUGUAGGCAACAAUAGUUGCAAUACCUCAUAACCAUUCCAUAUUCGAAGGGCAGUCCCACAUUGUGUCCUUGGACUGUUGUUCUGGGGAUGACAGAAACCAUGUUCCCACAAAGUACUGUACAUUAUGAGCGCAUCUGAUGGCGCCCCAAUGCUGUACUACGCUGAGUCAGUGCAUUUUCACAUGCAAGAGCACAUCAGUAGCAAAUUUAGCCUGAAUUUCACUUCAUUUUUCUAAUCACUACAAUUUGGUGUUUAGUGAAUAAAUCCCACACAGUAUUAAUAUUCCAUUGAAAUACUAGAAUUAUUUUUAUCUCUCUGAGUGUCACGGAGGUGACUGAAGCACUGGCACCCACUCAUACAAAAAUAAAAGGCGCAUUCUCUGCCAGUAAAAACAUUCAUUUUAUGGAUAAUCUUGUCUUAUUACCGUACAAUACUAAUCAUUCUCAACAAAAACAAACAAAAAUAUUAAUAAUAUAUUUUUUAAUUUUUUUAAAAUAAUUAACACUAUGUGCCCCGAGGGUUUAAUAAACCGGCUGCGCCUUCUCUAAUGCAAAGGGUUAAUUAAAAUAAAUAUGCUAUUGGUGAGACUAGUGUGAUGUUAUAUUUAUCUUAUAAACAUGUGCCUUUCAGCAGCCCAUGAAAACAGCAUGUUUCUUUUUCAGCAGAGGGUGCUGUCCUCUAGUUAAAGCGCCAGUUAGAUUACAAGGUCAUGCAGCCCUAUUGAUAAAUCACACAGCAGUGAUUUCUAACUGACAGCUCAAACUAACAUCAAGCUGGAUGAGAGAGAGAACAAAAGGCCAUCAAGCAGCCAUUUUCUUGACACUUUUAUUCAAUCACCAGCAGAUUGCUUACGACAGCAAUAGCAGCUGUUUUGUCUUCAUCUUUCCACAUUUGAUAAAAGGUGUCAACUCAAAUUUUUGUAAAUAAUUCACUUACCCCUACUGCAGACUCCAGCACUACUGCUCAGCAUAUGUAUUUUCUUACCAGAAGAUCAUUCAGACAGGUCAGGGCUCAGUGAUAUCAAAUGAAGGUCAUCUCUGAUCUCUCAGGAAACACUGAUAAAGCGUCAGUCUUUGAAGGUCAUAGAUAAGCAUUACAUUGAGAUAUGUUUUCUUUUUUUUUGAUGUGAGAGCAAAAAGCAAAACAAAAGAAUGUAAAUAAAGCACCAUCCAUGCUGGCAUAUUCACAUUUCUCUCAAGGGAAUAAUAAAAGGGAGGGGGGUUAAUAAUCGCUUUGACUAUGAAAAACAUGUUUCCUACAUUUUACAGUAGGAUAAAAUAUUCUGGGAUAUUUAGUGUAACUAAUAUUCUGUAGUAUAGCGUUCAGCAGAGAUUGUCAGACAGGUACAUUUUAUCCCAGGAUUACACUUGCUAGUGGUAACUUUUUUUACAGAUGUCAUGUGAGGACUAAUUAACUAAAAUGAUAAUUGCUUGACGGUUCACCAUAAUUCCCAGUUUAGUGAAUAAACCAUUUUAGCUGGGAAUAAGCAGAUGUACAAUGUGAUUUUUAACACACUAUUUUUUUAAACUUUUUUUUGUAGUUUAGCUAAUCCAGGGUAUAGAUCUUUUUGUGAUGUUAUAGUAUAUGAAUAGUGUAUUGGAUUACAUUCAUGGGCCAGAAUAUAGGUGUUAAGAUUUUACAAACAAGUUACAGAUGGGUUUAAGAGAAACUGGAUUGUACUGAAUUGAAAUCUUAAUGGCAAAAUUUAGGUGACAAUAGAAACAUUGUCAAUACAACAAUAAAAUACAACUUGGCUAUUUUUACCUUAACUUUGUCAUUCAUAUUUUUUAUGUCUAUUGCAUGGACAAAAAAAGACAACGCUAAAUAUAAAAAAAUCAAAACAGCAAAUCAAAGAAAAAAAUAAAGACAUAAAUAUAAAAGAAACACACAUGAAACUAUAAUUAGAAUUAAAAGGCAGUAACUUUUAUAAAAAGAGGUUAAGAGGUAUAACAUAAUUAUUUAUAAAUGAGCCACAGGUAAUAAUUUCCUUUGAUACAAUCAAAUGCAAUCCGAACUGAGAGCAAGAAUGUUAUCAAAGUGCCUAUAAUCCACCCACAAAUGGAGGGAGACAGUAACUCUUAAUGGAAGAUCCUUUCAUCUCCCCUGCCAGCCCAUAGAGUGGCGGCCCUGCUGUGUGCAUGAGGAGUGGUGGGGAGAUCUAUGAUCUCCCUCACCGGCCCACUAGCACUUUCAUGCAUGAGCUGGGAGAUGAGGGAGAGGUGAGAGAACCCGGCUGAGCGAGAGAUUGGUGCACUGCCACGGUUACCAGGCUGAAUCUUGCUAGAGUUUACUCACUACCGGACCACAAUGCCCCCCCUGCCUCUUCCUGAUCAAAGGUAAAAAGAAGGAGAGAGAUCAAGGAGCUAAUGCGGAGGGGGGCUGGGCUUUUAACCUACCUCCCCACCACUCUGGACACCAGGGAAGGCACCCGUCAAGGUUGGAAACGGGAGGUAGGUUAAAAGUGUAAAUUGUGCAUGUGUGAUUGUAUGUGAAUGUGUGUCAGUAUGUCUAUCAGUUUCUAUGUGUGUCAGCAUGUCUGUCAGUAUGUAUGUGUGUGUCAUGUCAGCAUGUCUGUCAGUGUGUGUCUGUGUAGUAUGUCUCUCAGUAUAUGUGUGUGUGUUCGUAUGUCUGUCUGUGUGUGUCAGUAUGUUUGUGUGUGUCAAUAUAUCUGUCAGUGGAUAUAUAUAUGUCAGUAUGUUUGUGUGUAUGUAUCAGUAUGUCUGUCAGUGUAUAUGUUUGUGUAAGUAUGUCUUGCACCUCUCUACUUUAGUUCCCCCACUGUGUCAUGGUGAAAUAUGUGAUUGUCCGACGGGGAGGGGGGGGCACGGUACAGGGGGACCAAGAAAAUGCAGAGCAUGGAGACGCUGAAUGGCACUGCUGCCUACUGUGCAGCACUGAGCCGGGAAGCACGGGAGGAGUGGCCACUAGGAGGUGUCCCUACGGGCAAUGUAAACACUGUUUGUAUGAAAAUGUCUGAAUGGGGUGAUUAUACUCACCAGAAGAACUACAUUAAGCUGUAGUUGUUCUGGUGAUUAUAGUGAAGCAGUUUUCAUAUAUAGAUCAUGUCUCAGAAGCCUCGCUGCUACAAUUAAAGGGACACUGUAGGCACUCAGACCACUUCAGCUCAUUGUCCCAUCACCCUUAACCCUGUAACACUGAGCAUGUAAUUAUUGCAGUUUUUAAUAUACUGCAAUAAUUACCUGCUAGGGUUAACUCCUCUUCUAGUGGCUGUCUACCAGACUUCCAGGCUUGAAGGAACUUUUGGUCACCUAAAUGACGCUGGAUGCUAUGCAUGAGGACUUUCAGCGUCACCAGAAUCCCCAUAGGAAGGCACUGAAUAAUGCUUUACUAUAGAGAAAUCCUAAUGCAAGGGCGGGCACUUGGGUAUAUAAUCAUCUCUAAAUGGUUUAGAGUCCGAGCUGACAUGACUAGAUGCUAUCCAUCUUGUCCACUAAAUAUUGGCUAUGUUUAAAUGAGGAAGGUAGUUUAUAUCACAUAUGGUAGACAUGUCCUGCCAUCCAAUUAUUUUGCACUCAGGUGGAUGGUAUCUUUAAAAAAGUAAGUAGCUCUCAGAUCGACUUGUCACCUGAACUUAUUUUGUUGUUUCAUAUUGAUCAAGAGUUAUCUUGAGAUAAGAUUAAUUAGCGCUGCAAAAGAAAUGAUCCCAGCUUAAUGGAAAAUAAAGAUAACUCCACCACUGAAAGAAUGGCUUCAUAGAGUUUAUAAUAUCAGACGGAUUGAACAAUUAGCAUAUAGGGGAAAUAGAGUAGGAGACCAUAUUAAGAGAGUUGAACCUUGGGAGAGAUUCCUUAUUGGCUCCAAUUUUGGUUCUGAUGCCUUCAAUCAAGAGGGUUAGAAUGCAGAUUUGGGCAGAUGGCAAGUGGCAAGUCCAGGGAGAGGAGCAUACUACCCCCUCUGCCAAACCUGAGCACCAACCAGGCUACUCCAGCUGAAGCGCUGGCACCAGGGCAGGGUACCGCUGGUCUCUGCCCACCCAGCAACCUACAGAUCCAGAGUGCCAGUACCCCACACAGCCUUGGGGGAGCCUCUGGACAAAGGCAAGCUACACAUUCCCCCAGGUGCAGUAACUAUUUAUUGUGGGUGGGCUGUACUACUGAUUAUGUUUUGUGGGUGGGUUGCUGGACUAACCAAGGCACUGACCGACAGGAGGUCAGAUCCCUUGUUAGUCUUGUUGGGAAAGAGGAGAAGUGUGGCGGAACCAACCUCGCCACUGGGCAUUGGAAAAGCCUGUUUGCCCGCCUCCUGCCUUCUGACUAUGGCCCCUGGGAGACUUUGCCCUGUGUAAGCAUUAUUUGGGCUUAUUGGAUUUAGAAACACUUUUUCUGCCCCUUUGAAUACAUGAGAAGGUGUGCCCCUCCCCAUUUCCUGUCUAUUGUUCUCCAGCAGGGCAUUGUCCCAGGGACACUACCAGACCAGUUGGAACUUGUUGCUAAACUUUAACUCCAUGACGAUUUGACUGUGUUUGUGGUAUCUGAGCGCUGUUCAGAUAUAGUGAGCGCUUAGAUCCAAGCUAUCUGGGGAUAGGUUGAAUAUGGGGGUUCUGUUCAGUAUAGGAAUUAUGUAUUUUUGUGUGUUUUUGCUGUUGUUGUAAAUGGAGAUAUUUUCUUUAUGCUGGAGAUAGUUGGUUUACCACACCCAAGCCAUGCUUGCAGUCGGUCAAAUAGGUCUUCCAUCUAUCUUUUGAACCACUGGACCAAUUUGUAUGAUUUUGACACAUGUUUGUAUUUGGAGUAUGCUGAUUCUGAAAAUGUAAUAUGUGAAUGUGAUGUAUACUGUGGCGAAAUCAACCUCGCCACUGGGCAUUGGAGAAGCCUGUUUGCCCUCCUCCUGCCUGCUGACCUGGGAGAUUUGGCCCUUUAAAUACAGUAUUUGGGCAUAUUGUAUUUUAUUAUGCUGCUGCUGGCCCUUUAAGAACCAUCUGGGAACAUACUGUGGAGUUACUGGGUGGCCACCAUUUCAUGUAUCAGAGGCACAUGGUGAGAACAAUGGAUGAAAAACAUCGUGAGAACAAUGGAUGGCGGCCAUUUUAACUCACAGACACUGUUUGGACCUUUCUACACGGUGCCAUCUCGCCAGUAUUUGGUGCACGAAGACAUCGUUCAGUAGUUUUAAACUAUACAACAGGGGACACAUUAUACAGUAAUUAUUUUUCAUGUAGCCUGUAUAUGUUCUGCGGAAUCUGGGUGAAUUUUGGAUAUGUGGUUCACCCAGAUCCCCCGUUUCUGAGGAUAUUCUUUUAAUGGGGUUAAUGCAUGUUUUGGGGUCCCUGUGAUGUGUUUUAUGAUACUGUAUUUCUCUGCCUGUGAUAAUUAGAUUAACCAUUGUGUUCAGUAAUUAUAUCACAGGCAGAGGGGAGGAUUUUGUGUGGGAGUGUCUGUGUGUAUUGUAUGGAUUGAUUGGUUGUAUUUCAAAACCCUGUGGGCAGUACUAUGUUUGUGGAUUGUGAAUAAAAUAGGCUGUAUGUGCCAGUAGUCAGUUCUGCUUGACCUCAAAACGAAGUGUCGUCUCGUUACUGGGGGAAUUGGAUUGUAUGCUGAUUGCCAGGAGUGUAAACUGAUUGUAUGCUUUUCCUGUUCAGCUGCUUACAGCAUUCAUAUGCUUGAGAGCAUUCGGAUGCUUCUCCGGUUCGGAGGUUGUGGUGUCUGCUGCAGUGCAUGGAGUCCUCAGGAAGUGCUAGGAGCAUCCUUCAACGGAGCUACCCAGUCGGGGUGCCAGGUGAUCCGUUACAUAUACUUUUAAAGUUAAGAAUAUUGUGUAAAACUGUGUAUUUUCCUGCCUGUGAUAAUUACAUUAGCCCACUGUGUUCAGUAAUUGUAUCACAGGCAGAGGGGAGGAUUUCUGCUGGCAUGGAUGGGAGUGUUUAGCUGUGUUGUAAUGUAUUGAUUGGUUUGUUCUUCUAAACCCUGUGGGCGGUACUAUGUUUGUAAAAUGGGCAUAAAAGCAGAGUGUUUGAUUGAAAGCUUCAGUUCUACUUCACCCUCAAUUUGGAGUGCCGUCUCUUACUGGGGAAAUCUGCUACAAAGGAUUGCUAUGCUUGUCAUACUCUCUUGCUAAAUCACUACUAAGCUCUUGUAAGAGCUUGUUCCUGCCUUGCUCUCUGGAGGAGUCUACGUUGGUUAUUGUAAUGGAACUCCCCGUACUCCGACCGAGUACCUUCCGUUGAUGGAUGCUUCCUAGCCUGCACCGAGGACCACAAGCACCGCACUAGACACCACAACACUGCAGACUCCACAACCACCAUAGCUUAACUGGUGUCUCGCCGUCUUCUGUCCACCCUGGAUCAGCUUCUAUCCUCCAGGACUGUGUGGGGAAGACCUCUCCUCCAGGAGAGAGUAUCAGGGACAAGCUCUUAAAAGAGCUAAGUGAUUAAAGCUCAGGGGAGUAUGCAGAGCAGAGCAAUCCCCAGUGUGAGUAUCGUUGUCCCCUCCAAUCACUAGGCAAGACUACGUGUUGAGGGUCAAGAAGAACUGUGUUUAAUUAGCACCAAGGGGCCUUCUUUUAUGGAGGUCUUACACAUACAGGACCAACCCCAUUCAUCCCAGCAGAAAUCCCCCCCUCUGUCUGUGAUACAAUUAUCUCAACACAAUAGACUAAUUUAAUUAUCACAGGCAGAAAAUAUACAGUUUUUACACAAUUCUUAUAACUUUGUAUACAUGCAAUAUUAAUAAAAGUUACAUAUUUGAAAUCAGCGUCCUUUAAAUAUAAACACUCAAAAAUCAAAAAAAUAUGUCCAGUAGUUUAAAAGUUAGUCGGACAUCCUUUUUAUUCACUGAAAAAAUGACUUAGUCCCAUUCGAACGAGCGUUCGAAUCUUCGAACGAGCGUUCGAAUCUUCGAACGGGACUUAGUCUCCAGCCGCAGUGUCGAAGUGGAGAAGAAGGUACGGGUCAGCGGUGUUCUUGCAAUUGGGUAGCCGAAAACAGUUCCAUAGAUUUGACUGCACACACCGCUGACCGCGUUCGAAGUGCCAAUUUAAAGUACAAAUCAUUUCUCUGGGAGUUAAAGGGCCAGCAGCAGCACAAUAAAAGUUAUUAUGCACAAAUACAGUUCUUAAAGGGUCAGAAAUAGUACAAUAGUACAAUAUACGUCCAUAAGCCCCAACUCAGUUCCUUAAAGGGCAAUACAUCCCAGGGGCCAUAGUCGCAGUGCAGGAGGCUGGUAAGCAGGUCCACAAGUCCUUGGAUGCAAGGAAAGCCAAAGGAGGUAGGUGGGCAGAGAGCUCUACCCUCAGCUCUCGAGACCGGACUGUCAGGGAAGCUACCAAUGCCAAAAGCUCCCAUAUUACUCGUGGAAAAAGACACACCAAUCUGGACAGCAAUGGUAUAUCACGGUACUGAGCCGCGGCAAAAAAGGCUGCGGCACACUUAAAUCGACAGUUCCUGUUGACAGCGAAGGACCAAAGUGUCUAAGCAUUUCGUCCCAUAGAGGGACUUUGUCAAGACUCAGGUGCACCUAUAACAGAACCCAUAUAUAUACCCAUGUAGAGGAUGUGUAGAAUGGGUCCAAAAUCCGAAAUGGACUCUGUAUAGGAAAUUAUUACAUAUAUGCACAACAAUAAAUAAACAAUAAAUAAACAGAAUGUGAACUUUUUCCCCAAAAGAUAAUUAAAACUAAAUACAGGGAUAGUAGCCCCAUAAACAGAGACUUAUAAUUUCCAUAAAGUGAAUUCAUAUUUCAAUUAAUCCACCUAUGAAUACACAUGAAUGUAUAUAAUAUGUACUAUAACCACAAUUAAAAUUACAAAUUUAUUGGAAAAUCUUAUAAGAUCGAAAAUAAAAUAAUAUAUAAAAUGCGCAAAAUAAAACCUGACCUGAAUGAUAUGGAGUAAAAAAGUCAAAGGAAAAUAUCAAUGGAAAAUAUCAGGGGACCUGGUCGAGUUCCUUAUUCAAACCAUACGGACUAAGAGUGUUACGUUUAAAAAUCCAUUUGGUUUCAGGUAAGGUGAGGACUCUUCCUUUUUGCCAGCUCCCCCUUAUUAGGAAUAAAUUAUAUCCUCAAUAGUGAAAUAUGUGAGGGGUCACUAUUAUGGUCUGAAUGAAAAUGUUGUGCCACCAGGGACGG